AUGGCAAGCUCACCAGGUUGGUAUAAAUCAGGCUUAACAUGCCCGCGGGUAAAACACACAAAGGGCUGAUCUCAUGUGAGUCAGAGCUCUUUAACCUUACAGUCUGUGCUUUGCUUAAACAUUGCCUCAGGAUUUUUACCAGGCACAAACAUAACUAUUAACUCUUCGAGUUCCAGAAGGGAAAGUUGAGCACUGGCACGCAUGGGUAGAAUUGGCAAACACAUGGAUAGUUUUUUUUUUUUUUUUUUCAUAACUCAACUGCGUCUAGAAUGCUACUUGUAAAUGUAUCAAGGGUUUUAAUCGGCAGUUACUCGAAGGCACACGGACAACCUUGCCAGUUAUUAUACUGACUUCUUUACAGCGAUUACUAAUUUUGUCAUUCUGAGGUUUAAAAGCUGGCUUGGGAUCAUGGAACAUGUAGAUCUGAAACAUUUUGGGUGUUGGGUGCCAAUGCUAGUUUCCCCUAAACAGGCUGGGGUUUCAGUUUGUGCUUAUAAUGCAGUUUUUAAGUUAAUUAAUAUCUCUAACCCUGGCUUAUCAAUAACCAUUCCCUCACCGCUAAUCUUUGGGUGUGUUAAUGUGAAAGGAAUGGUUUACCUCUAAUGAAGGUGAUUUGUAGCUGUCACUGCAAGUAACCCUUAAAAAUUGUAUUACCUGUUUUACUUGUUAUUUUUUUCUGUGAAAAACUGCACAAGAUAAUAUUUCAAACCAUUACGAAUGUUACAGACCGCCUUUUAUUUGGCAUUAUGUACACUUGCUUUAAAACUCUCUGCACAAUUAUGUUUUAAUCAACAUUUUCUCUCUCUCUAAUAAGAUAAUACAAGCAAUUUAAGAUUCUGUCAACAGACUUAAUCUAUUCUGUGUUUGUACCUUGACAAAAUGCUUCCAGGACUUACCUAGGACUAUACUUUUUUUGCCUCAUGUAUAAAUAUACCCCACUCUCUUCAGACUGUUUGUUUUAUUUGUAUCUAUCCUGUAUUUACUGCACUGUGCUGCAUACUAUGGCCUAGAAUGUUUUUUUAAUAAGCUUUCUAAAUUAUUCUAUAAUGUUAAAAAAAACUUUACAAAUUUAUCUACGAAAAGUCAGGGAUUAUACCGUCCACGCUAUGUUUACUAAGAGCUAGGAUAGCUCUACACAACGUGAGUGGACCUUUUUGUCUGUACACUUUUUUAUUUAUUUAUUUAUUUUUUAUAUUUCUUUCAUGCUUUUGAUCCAUGCAUUCUGAAGACUUUGUAUGUGCAAUUGUUAUUGCUUAUGUUUUCACUUGUCACAAUUUUUUUAUAUAUUAUUUAGAGCGCAGCAUUUAUUUUUGUUUUGUUUUUGCAUACUAGUGUUUGUUGCAGCUAAGGUUUCUUUUUUUGUUUUUGUUCUGUAGUGAUAUAUCUAUAGAGUGUGUGUGUGUGUGUGUGUGUGUGAUAUACACACAAAAUUAAGCAAUAAAAAAAAAAUAUAUCUUUUGGCAUUGUUAUUUUGGCACCUUUUCUGCAGCAUAAUUUUGCAAUUCUAUUUUAUGUCCCAGCAUUAACAAUUAUCAGAAUCUCAUCACAGCUAACCUGGAUACAGUUUAGAGUGUGUUGUUUAUGUCCCUGUCCUUAUAUCAUGUAUGUAUUAAUUGUAUCACCUGAUCCCUCCAGGAGCACUGUUAUUUAUAUCUACAUUAGCUCACAGUGUCUCUGGGGCAGUAAAUAAACGUAUGCAUCAACCAACAUGUCCUGACACAAACCACUUCCAGGAAAAGAAAUGAUCAGAACUGUUCUUUAAUUUUACUAGUGCCCUUGUCAUUUUACCAAUCAAUGUAAAUAAUUGCUGUCUAGUAGAUAUGGCGUUGUGUUGGCAGGGCUUAAUACACUUGUUGGACAAAAGUUAUUUGUUCGGUUCUGGGUCCACUUCUCUUUAAUCUGUUUAUAAUAAAUGGUCUUGAAGUGGGCAUUGAAGUAAUGUUUCAGUGUUUGCAGAUGACAUAGAACCAGGUAAUACAAUACAGUCUGAACAUGAUAUAACUUCUUUAUAGAAGGAUUUGGAUAAAUUGGGGGACUGGGCAGGCAAGUGGCAGAUAAGAUUCAAUGCAAACUUCUCUUGCGACCCAUUUUUGACUCUCCACAAUUUUAAAGGGAUAAUCCAGACGUGGACCCCUUGCUCACGGUGCCUAGGGAGAUAUCAGCUAUGCCUCACUGAUGAUGCCUAACAAGGCUGAAACGAUCGUCUGGGGUUGCUGUAUCUCUCGUGCAGAGAGAACUUGCUGGCAUUUCGGAUCUGGACUGCCCGUAUGGGUGGGACCAGUCUGAUAUGCUUCAGAUAUGUUCUCUCUGUAAUGGCACAAGAUGAGCAAAAAUCAGCUUGAGAACUGAGCGGGGACCGACCGAAGGGCAGGCUAUUUCAGCUGCUGCCCGUUCUCAGUAUUCUCUUGCGACCCAUUUUUGACUCUCCACAAUUUUAAAGGGAUAAUCCAGACGUGGACCCCUUGCUCACGGUGCCUAGGGAGAUAUCAGCUAUGCCUCACUGAUGAUGCCUAACAAGGCUGAAACGAUCGUCUGGGGUUGCUGUAUCUCUCGUGCAGAGAGAACUUGCUGGCAUUUCGGAUCUGGACUGCCCGUAUGGGUGGGACCAGUCUGAUAUGCUUCAGAUAUGUUCUCUCUGUAAUGGCACAAGAUGAGCAAAAAUCAGCUUGAGAACUGAGCGGGGACCGACCGAAGGGCAGGCUAUUUCAGCUGCUGCCCGUUCUCAGUAUUCUCUUGCGACCCAUUUUUGACUCUCCACAAUUUUAAAGGGAUAAUCCAGACGUGGACCCCUUGCUCACGGUGCCUAGGGAGAUAUCAGCUAUGCCUCACUGAUGAUGCCUAACAAGGCUGAAACGAUCGUCUGGGGUUGCUGUAUCUCUCGUGCAGAGAGAACUUGCUGGCAUUUCGGAUCUGGACUGCCCGUAUGGGUGGGACCAGUCUGAUAUGCUUCAGAUAUGUUCUCUCUGUAAUGGCACAAGAUGAGCAAAAAUCAGCUUGAGAACUGAGCGGGGACCGACCGAAGGGCAGGCUAUUUCAGCUGCUGCCCGUUCUCAGUAUUCUCUGGCGACCCAUUUUUGACUCAAUGCAAACUCAUGCAUUUUGGAAUAAGGAAUCCAUAUGCCACUUAUACAUUUAAUGGGGUUUAGUUAGGGGGAACAUAAUAUUGAUAAUAAACUAGUCAACGAUAUGCAAUCCUGCACUGCCACUGCAAAGGCUAGUAAGGUGCUGUCUGCAGAAGUGAGCAGGGUCCUGACAGGGCUUUUCAGGGUUAUAGAUUCAGGUAUACCUUUUAUGCAAAUGUUAUUUUACUUGCGGCUGUGCCUGGUAAGGUGGUGUAAUCUUCUAAUAUCUUGUACAUUUUGUCCACAGACAUAACUCAUCUACUUGGCUCUCCAGCCUGUCACUUCUGUCACCCCGGUUAUGAAUUUCAAGGUGUAGGUCUUCUAUUCUAGCUCUAAAGUCAGAUUGCAGAGUAUUCAUAAAGGGCCUCCAACUUUUUUUCCUGUUACUCUGAUCACAUCUGAUGGUGGGCUAGUACUGAGGGUGGUGCGGUUGUGACGGAGUAGCCGCCAUCUUGUCCGCUACGAGUAUUUUCUAUUCUUGACGCUUAACUUCAGUGGGGGCUUUGUCAGUUGGAGGGUGGAUAUACUAUGGCAGUGUAAUGCAUUUUUGUGAAUAAAAGUUUUAUUCGUCACCAUAUAUAAAUCAUUUUGCGGGUAUCCUGGAAAGCAUGUAUCAAUGGUAAUCAUUUUUAGAAGGCGUACAGUAACUUUGCAAACAGCCACACAGGCUAACCUCAUCAAGAUUAAGAAAAAUGAAAACUUGGACCCUCCCAUCCUACAUUAAUAAACAUUAUGCUCUUCUAAACGGAGUAUGCAGUACUGGGAAGAGUGUCCCAUGGGCCUGUGCAGCCAUCACAAGUCAAUACAUAGUCAGGAUGCGAACAGUCACUCAGGACAGAAAUAAAGACAGCAAUAAUAAUGAAAACGUGAGCUGGGACCCUUGAGUCCUUCAUCAGUAAUCAUUAUGCUCGUAUAAAAAGAUGAUUUCCUUUCUCCAAGGGCCUAUUCAGCUAACUCGGGUCUAGCCCUAUCUAUGAGCAAUGGAGCGCCCCAUCCUUAGCCCACUACUGUCAUGUGUCUGUGGAUGGAUAAGGUCAUUAAAGUAGCAGACAGGUCAGCUCCCAAAUCCGGUCCAACACCCCAACAUUUGACAGAAAGCUCUUCACCUCCCAUCCAAUGGGCAGCUCCUCUUUACCAGCAGCCCAGGGUCUGUCCCUCCAACUGGCCUGCCCCCCACCAUCGUCCACAACUCCCUGGCUGUCUACUGGGGGACCAUACGUCAGCAAAGCUUGGAAGUCUGGGUGGUAAGCGUUAAGCAGCCAAUGAGUCCAGAUAUCUGUGUACAUCCCUGGGACGCAAGGGUCAGCUCCUCUAACCGUUGUAGGUCCUCCAUUUUGUCAAACCAUAAUGUCAGGGGUGGGGUUCCUCUUUUUUCCAGUAAAGGGGGCUAACCUGUUUGGCUGUGUUCAGGAUCCGUAUGGGCAUGGAUCGUUUGUAUUUGGCUAUGGGAGUGAUGGUGUGGUGAAAGAGGAAUGGUGCUGGUUUGAGAGGUGACAGUGUUGUCUGAGAACUUCCCCCAGGCUGGCACUAAUUGCUGUCCAGAAAGGUUGGUUUUAGGGCAGUCGCACGAGACAUGCAGGAACGUGCCUAAUGUGGCCCGGCAGCGCCAACACUUGCCGUCUUAAGCAGGAUUAAUCUUCUGGAGGAGCGGUGUUUUAUACUAUUGUGUUAACACUUUUAUAGGCUGUCUCCUGGGUUCUGCUAGCUAACGCGCAGUGAUGCACUAGAUCGCAAAUUUUCUCCCCCAUGGGUUGUCUGUGAGGGUUUCCCCAAGGGCCUCUUCCCAUUUCCCCAUGUAGCCCCCCAAGGUUCCCUUGUGUUUGGAGCAGGGAGUAUAGAAAAUAGACUGUGUGGGGUAGGGUCUAUACAGUUUUGUUCGAAAGAGGUAAGAGCGCUGUACAAGUCUGGUUGUUGAGGUAUGUGAGUGAGAAACCUUUUCAGUUGUGUAUACUUGAACCUAUGCAUGAGUCUUCCUAUGUUAUCCCCCUAAUAAGUCCUCUAGGGUCUUGAUUCCCUUCCACUUAGUCAUGUGGCAGACCUGGACCUGUGCAUGUGGAAAGAAGCAUGAGUAGGGUCUACUCCCCCAAUCCCGGUGGGAAGUCGGGCUUGUUGGUGAGUGGGUACAGAGGGGAUGGGAUGAGAGGCCCAAUUUGGGGGCCAACCUAUGCCAGAUUUCAAGAGUGGCCUUGAUACAUGGCUGUUGACCCAUCAACAUCCUACCCUCUCCACAUGACAUCCAGACUAGAGCUUGUAGGGAGCCCCUUGCUUGGCGUUGCUCGAUGUCUUUCCAUAAUUUAGUCACCCUGCCCUUGGCCCAUUCUAGUACUCUUUGCAUGUGUAUGGAGUGGUAAUAUAGAAGAAAGUCAGGCACUGCCAGCCCCCCUCUCGUUUAGUCAGAAUCUGGUAUCGUAGUCGAGGUUUCUGAGAGCCCCAUAUAUAGUUUAUCAGUAGUGACCUCAGGGAUAUGAAAUAUGGAGCCGGGAUCUUGAUCUUGAUAGGGAGCGUCUGGAACAGGUAGAGGAUGCGCGGUAGGAUGUUCAUCUUAGCGAUGCGUUCCAGCCAGGAAAUGCUUGGUAGUGUCCAAUCGGCCAAGUUAUUCCGUAUCGUAGACCGCAUUGGAGUAAAGUCUGUCUCGUAGAGUUGAGUGAGGUCUCUAGUUAUCCAGAUCCCCAGGUACUUAACGGCUUAUCUGACCAUUGAAAGUUCCCAUGCACGAUGGUGGCCCUGUCCGAAGGCACGGAGUUGUUAAGCAGUGUCGACUUGGUAUAAUUGAUUUUGCAGUUAGACAGGUCUCUGUAGAUUCCGUACUCCCGCAUGAUGUUUGGCAGUGUAAUCUCUGGGGAUGCCACGAAAAACAGGCGAUUGUCGUGUAAGCAGCAACCUUAUGCAUCUUGAAUACCACGUAUAUCUGGAUUCCUCUGUACUGCCUGUAUGAACGAUUUGAGGACAAGGACGAAGAGCAGCGGUGACAGAGGGCAGCCCUGGUGUGUGCCAUUUUGAAAGGGUUCCGUGUAUGCCCAAUUGAUACAGGCCCUGACUUUUGGGUUAUCAUACAGGGCUGCUAUUCUGGCCCGCAUUUGAGAUCCCACAUCAAGUGCCCGCAGACUUUGGAAGAGAAAGUCACAGCUCACCCUGUUGAAGACCUUCUCUGCAUCUGUGGACAGCAGGAGGAGGCCCUUGCUGGAUGGAUGGACGGACGCACGCACACACACACACUUGUGGGUAUUUCUCUCCCCCUUUCCCGUAAAUUGCUUAUAAUGUAUAGGCAAUCUGUCCGGUUGUAGGCUCUUACCAGUUUUCAUGGUCUUCACUGCUGCUGCCAGUUCCUCGAUGGAUCUCGUGCCUCCCCCUCCAGCGUGGUAUGAAUAUUAAUCUCCAGGUAGCGGUGGAUGGCAUCCCCUCUCCCAUUCGGUUGGGGCCCACUUGAUUCCCCACUCAUUGCAUACAGGGCUUCAUAGUAGGAGCGUGAAACCCAUGCAAUGGCGUCCGGCAUGUGUUGUACCCAGCCCUUGGGGUCUUGCAAAAAUGCAAUUUCGUUUUCCAUUUGAUGAUGUGGGCCAGCAAUUUGCCGCAUUUGUCACUGUUUAGGUAAAAGUGCGCUUUGGUCUGGAGAGGGGAUCAUUGAUAUAGUCUGUGGAGGAUGGUAGCCAAGUCCCUUCUCAGGGCCACUAGGUCCUGAAAGGCAGUCAAGUUGGGGCCUCAAUUUAUGGGUCCGUUCAAGUCUGAGUUUGUCCUCUGUAAGCUGUCUCACUCCUGUUUUUGCUCUCACAUUUUUAGCUGGGGCUCCUAUGGCCAUGAAGAAGCCACAAACUGUGCACUUUUGAGCUUCCCAAAUGGUCGGGACAGAUACCUUUGUCACGAACACACCCUACUCCAAGAGUGUGCGUGACGUAGUUGUGGUGUUGAAAGGGUUAAACUUCACUAUUUGUCUGCACUAGACCAGAAAUAAUGACAAAAUCCCCCUUUUACCACCACCCACACUUAAAGAUUGUAACAUAACUAUUACUAUUUUAACACUGCCACCACCAAGACUAUUUAUAAAUGAGGUGCCUUGGUCCCCCAGGUAAAUCAAUAAUGAAACCCACCAAAUAUUACUUAGCACAAUAUUUAAAGAAUUGCAAAAAUACUAAUUAGUCUCUUCAGGUAACGUGAUGCUUAACCAGACAAAGGCAGAACUUAAUAAAUGAGUGUUUAUUAUGAGCAAAAAAGUCACAGUACAAACAAAUAUAUGAUAAAUUAUUUUCACCAACAACAGAUAAAAACAAAAAGGAUUAAAUACAGAAGUCCUAAUUACUCAAUUAGGUUUUCAAAGUACAACCUCUGCCCAGUGGGUCUCUGUCAAGGAAGGAUGAUGGUGACUCACUCAAAAUUAGAUCUUGGCCCCAAGCAAGUACACCAACACCACUCCAAAUAUUGGAUAUAUACUCUGUGGAUUAUCAAGUCCUGCUUAGGUGUGGAGUUAAGGGGUAUCUAUAGAAAUAAGUGACCACAUCCUUUGUUCCAGACCACCGUCAAUCCAAAUGGAAACAUUUGGCUCUAUCUUUUCUUAUGUACCUGCCACAUAAAUAAUAAUUGCAUCUACAAAUUUAUUUUCCCAUUCCAUAGACAUGUCAUACGCCCCACCCGCAAUCCAGUAGGAUGGACAUCAUAAUUCCUUCCCCUAUGGUCAAGUCAGGCCACUCGUGUUUGGGCUUGUUUAGAAGAUGGCGCUUGUCACAUUCCAAAUAUAACAAAAAUGAGGCUUAAUUAUUAUUCUGUGGGGGUACAUAUUAAUGUUUCUUUUGGAUAUGAUACUUGAACACAAGGCUAAUGAUCAUUAACAUAUCAAAGAGAUCCCCUCUUCAAUUAUAAGGUACAUGCCAAAUGGAUGAAGAGACAUUCAGACUUUUUCCAAGUGUAGAACCUCACACCUUGCAGAACCUUGAGUAAUUCACAUGCAUAUGGUAAAAUCCUUUUCACAUUGCUAUGCCAUUCAUACUACUCCUUCUGGCAUCUGACCUCUGUGAGGGUCCCAGCUUCAAAAGAGGCUUCCCCUUUUGACCUUGACAAUACCAUCACUGCCAGGCCAGCAGGUCCUUAAUAUACUACACAAAUUAUAUUAAAGGACAAUAUUCCAUAGUGUAAUAAUAAAUUAUGCACCCUUGCCAAGACACCUCGGGCGUCGAGUUCUCAUCAAAAUAGUUUGCCAGCGUGGUGUUUAUGUCCGGCAGGACCAGUGGGUAAUUGAGAAGGGUCUCAUUUAAUCUCCAAAUUUACCGUCUUGGGUCUAGAGAGUGGGUUGAUCUGACUGAGCGUGAGGGGGGCAUGGUCAGACCAAGUUGUAACUCCAAGAGUGGCCUGGGUAACAGUAUGUAGAUAGUAGGGAAUGAUGUAGUCCUGGCGAGAAUAUCUAGCAUGGGGAAUAGAGUAGUAUGAAUAAUCCCUACUGUCCAGGUGCAUAGCCCGCUAGCAGUCGGUUAGGCGGUGUGUGAGGAGUAGGUUUCUAAUCCUCUGGAGUGUGUGGUCAGGGACAGCUGAUGUGCCUGUCGAGGUAUCUACUCGGGGGGUGUAAAGCUAAAUUAAAGUCUCCCCCUAAAAUUAGCCCUCCAUAAAGGCCAUUAAAGUUUUCAGCGUGGCCCUUAAAAACCUGCCUUGUUGCGAGUUAAGGGCAUAAUUGUUUGCAACCGGGUCCGGCCACUUCAUGUUGAGAGGUGGGAGGGAGAUCAAGGUCCCCAGGUGGACCAGGUCGGCGUGGAAUCGUAACACCACCAUGCCAUUCGGAGUAUUCACGGAUAGACCAGUCCAGCACAACCAACGGUAAUGGACCCCUUUUCGACUGAGGAACCGCAACAUCCUGUGGUAGUGUAGCGUGACCUGGGAAAGAUCCGGGAACAACUGCAGCUCAGCCUGAAGAUGAUGAAGGGUGCCGGCAUCCCUGGCCACCCGCAGGAUUCGCUCCGGGAACGAUUCCAGGCAGCAUAUCACGUCCCGCGGUGGGGCCUCCAGUGGUCCUCGAGGCCACAAGGCCCGAUGGGCACAGACAAAUGCAAUCUUCGUGGAUGGGUCGCAUUUCAGCAUGCCAUUGAAGAUCUCUUCCAGGGUAGUGCACAGCUGGUCAUGGGAGCUGUCUUAUUCAGAGAGGCCCUGCAGCCGCAGGUUAUUCCGCCUAUCCCCAAUUAUCAAUAUCCUCCAUGUGGAGGCCCAGGCACCGAAGAUAUUCCGAGGUCCCCCUGGAGUAGGGCACAGGUGUAUUAGAGAAGUCGAUCUGGCCCUGCACGUCAUCUCGCGACGCCUGGAUUGAGGCCUGCAGCACGCUGUUAGCAGCCGCCAGAUCAGCCCAGAGGAAUCGGGCGCCCCUCCUGCAUGGUAAAGCAAGGGGAGGCGUCUUCCUGGUUGUCUGAGGUCUCAUCCGACAUGGGCUGAGAGGUACCGUUGGAGAGACUGGGUCAGCAAGCCCCUUUUGGAAGCAGCAUCCUUCUGGGAGCCGGUGAGCCUAUUAUUCUUCCCCAUUGAAGCAGGUAAGUUGGGAAUUAUUUAGCUGCAGAACACGAGGCAAUGGAGCAGGAAAAGUUUAGGCGGCCAUCACCAUCCAGAGCCAAGCCACGCCCCCUGUUUAAUGAAUUUUAGGUCUGUAUGGUCGGUUUGGAAAUAUCUAGAUGGUCUAGACUCCAUGUGAAAGCUUGCUAUGGCUGUGCCACAAAACAUUUUCUACUUCAUUCCUUAUUUUUUUAUGGAUUGUUACAUGUGUGUUAUUUUCUUAUCCCAUGAAGCUUGUGCAAGUUACUUCAAACUUUAUUUUAUAAAUGAAAUGUAGUUUUUUCAUGUUUCUUCUAAAUUGCAUAGAUCUGAAUUACCACUUAACCUAGUUCUACAUUUUACCCUUCAAAGGCAACAAGUCCUGUUAUCAAAUGAUAGAGAUUUAUUCCCAUAAUUGUGCUUUUGCUUACAGGCCAGCAAGAAACAGACAGCAAAAAGCUAAAAAAGAGCCAAGGUAGAGUAUGUUUUUCCUAAUUUUUGUUUUCAGAUAGUUUUAUUUAGAGCUAAUUCUGCGUUUAUUGGAAACAUCUGAUCAUUUUUAAUUGCAAUAGUCCAGAGUGUGUCCCACAGGGCAAUUUUUAAAUAUGUAAUUUAUUGAACACCGUUUUACUCUUCUAAACACAUUUUAAUGAUCAGUGUCUCAAGCUAUCCUUUUUAUGUUAUACGUCUUUAUCUAUACAUGUGUUUUCUCAGUUAUAUAUAUAUUUUUUUUAAUAAAUUGAUAGCACCUCUCCUAAUAGUUACUGACAACUCUACCACCAUUGUGGAGGAAAAUUAGAUGAAUUGUUAUAAACUAGCUAUAAAUGUAGAAAUAGAGACAUAGGUAAACAUUUAGAUCUCACUUUAGAGAGCAUAAAUUGAGCUUAAGCAGGGGAGGUACUAAUUUAAUGAUUCUCAUUCCAAGAGUGUAUAUUAGUAAUUACUUGAUUUUUCUAUUGCAUGACGAAAAGUCAUCAUUUUCUUAAAGACAUAGAGGCGAGUAUUGAAUAUCCAUUUCUUUACUGUCCACCAAUAACCGCAAAGAAUACAAACAGAAAAAAUAAUGAAUACACAGUGACAUAGGCCACUAUAAUAGCAAGCACCUUUCUCUUUCUUGAAAAUGCAACACACCACCAUAAAAGUCCGGAGAACAGGAAACGUCAGACCUAAUCCAACAGAGAAAAAACAGGAGCCCAAAGGUUAAAUCUGUACCGUAAACCAACAUCAAUGGCCAGAUAACCAUAGGCACCACAAUUGACCCAAAAUCACCAAUAGUGUACACCAAACAGAGCCUAUACAGAUAACCCCAACCAAAACCAUCUAGGUAAAAUACCCCAAUAUCCGUACUAUUGAUCCAUAAUUUGAGACAAAAGAACGGGUGGGGGGAACAUACAUAAGAACACAAGAUGAAAAUGAAAUACUCGCAAGGUGGUGCAAUACUCGCCCCUAUGUCAUUAAUAAACUCAUGACCUUUUUGUCAUGCAAUAGCAACACCAUGUGAUUUUAUAGCAAGACACGGAGGCUCAUAUUGCAAGUUUUAAGCUGACUGAUCAUGCAAAUAGAAAAUAAAAUUUAUGAAAAUUAGACUCCCGCGACCAGUCGGCCAUCCUCAUCAAAUCCUCCAAUUGUGCACCUGACGCUACAAUCAAAGAGACUGACAGAAUGAAGGCCAAAAACCUAAGUGUCCACAACUGACUGGCUGAACAGAAAUUUCAACCAACGAGACAACAUAGUGCUCGCCCCCAGGGAAAAAGGUGGACGAAUGGAGAGAGAAAAAGCUAAGGGGUAGACAAGGAACGAAUCGAUCUGGUAUGAUCUUCAUACUCGCGCAAGCAGACCAUCAGACAUAAAGCCGGUGCUGAGGGAAAAGCCAGGUACGACACAGACUUAAUUGAAGUCUUAGUGCGCAUAAAAAUAUUAAAGGUCACCCCAUCUGGAAGUUAGGUCCAAGCCUUGAAAUCCAAGGCACGCACAUCCAACACCCUCUUGCAAGAGAUGAGGCAAAAGAGAAAGUAAUUUAGCUGACGCCAACAAGCGUGAAAUAGCAUCCGAAAAUACCUGUACCUCCCAGGGUCCCCUGAAAUCCACCACGCUAUCAGAAGUAGUGAUCCAUCCUCGAGGUGAGGAUGACAACAACCUAAUGCGUUGCAAAGGAAUCCUGGGUAAGAUGGCAACAGUCUGGAAUAAUCCACCACCAUGUCCAGAAGUUGCGGCACCAUGACUGUAUUCCCCCAAAACGGAGCAAGAAGGACCAGUUCGGUCCCAUAGCGUCGGAUCUGAAGUAGAGUCCAGGGAAGCACAGAAGGAAUGCCCCAUGCCACUCCUGUAGGAAAAAGUGUCAAAAGCCUCCGCUUCAGGGUCCAGACACCAGCUGAAGAAGUGAGGCAGCUGGGCAUUGAGUCAUGACACAAAUAUGUCGAUGGCAAAAGGACCCCAAAGAGACGAUAUAGCUGACGAAACCUAAGAAUGAGAGUAGAUCCAUGGUCCAUUAAAAAUGUCGUAGGAGGACUGAGCGAUCCCAGGCCAUAAACCGUAUGUCAUCCAGGUAGACAAAAAGGUGUAGACUUUGACUGAACAGCCAGACCAUCGCCAGGCGCAGCAGCUUGGUGAAGUACCAAGGCGCAGAGGAGAGAUCAAAGAGAAGACCUGUAAAGCGCCAGAUUCUAUUCUUCCAACGGAAACAAAGUAGAACCGAGAUGGUUGGCCACCAGAACCAUAAGAUACGUGUCAUUCAAAUCCAGUUUCGGCAACCAGUUCCCACGUAGGAGCAGGUUGAUGUCACAUUUGGUCACCUUUCUUUUCUAUGAGGAAAAUAUUGCUGAUGAACCCGGUGGGAUUCAGCGGAGCAAGUACGAUCGCCUCCUUGACAAGGGGAGCCGACAAUUCCUUGUCGAUCAACCUGCGGUCUUAAAGGGAAUAACAGAUCGGUCAAGGGGACAGAAUGUGGCAAGGUACCCCCACAAGCUCCAUCUGGAAGCCUUGAACUGAGUCGAGAACACAUGCAUUGGAGGUUAGAGCUUGUGGCGGAACCAGCCUCGCCACUGGGCAUUGGAGAAGACUGAUUGCCAGCCUCCUGCCAUGUGACUAUGGCCCCUGGGAUGUAUUACCUGCUCUCCUGUACUGCUGAGGAUUGCUACCAACUAGGUGGAUUUGGCUAUGGAGCUUGUGUAGUGCCCUCUGUUGGUAGCAACAGUAAUAUGCACUACCUGAAUAGCAAGACUGGUAAUUUGCAUAUUCGGGUAGAUUUGCAUAUCGCUAAUUCUGCAUGGAGGAGAGACAUUUUGUGUUAAUUAUGGUCUUCCCCACCCAUUUAUAAAUAUGUAAUUAUGUUAUAAGUCACUGUAUGUUCCUUGCUAAAAUUUGACGGUUUGUAAUUUUAUUGAGUUUUCACAGCAGUGUUAAUGUAAUGACCAUAUUGGCUAGUCCCAAGUAAAAUAAAGUUUUAGACAGUUCUACUUCACCCUCAAUUUUGGAGUCCUGUCUCUUAUUGGGGGAAUCUGCUGCAAGGGAUUGCUAUAAUCACUCCUAAGCUCUUUUAAGAGCUCGUUCCUGCUUCGCUCUGAAGGAAGAGAGGUUCGGCCAGCGGUGGUUGUGGUGUCGGCUAGAGUGCUUGGAAUCCUCAAGAAGUGCUAGGAGCAUCCAUCAACGGAGGUACCCAGUUGGGGUGCCAGGUGAUCCUUUACAUAGCUGAUCAAGCUGGAAAAAAAUAAUGGACUCUGCCCCCUACACAAACAUGAGAAGAAACCUGAGGUAGAUGUAAACUCAAGGUAAGGUCUUCUUGCACCGGAAUUUCCUUGGAAGCCUCUUGACUGCCAUGGUCAUCCACGUGAUGGGAAGAAAGGGGAAUAGGUCCUCGUCUCCUGGUAAUUGGGUGGUAAUUAAAGGAGCCUUGUCCUGAGCCACCGGAUUAGAAGUAACUGCAACCAACCAGACGACCCCUGUAUCUGCCUUCCCUAGUAAAGACCCUCCUCGUGGAGGACUGGGCCUUAUCUAGGGCUGUAUAUGCACCAACAAAGCACCCUAGCUCCUUUAUAAAGAAUGUGCCAAAGAGCCAUAACUGCAUCAGGGCAAGAUUGGCUCCUUUAGGCUCUCUUUUUUUAUUUAUUUAUUUUUUUUUAAAGUAUGGCCUUACGCCGUUCCAUGGACAGGAAGGUGUUCAUACUCAUUGCAAUGCAAAUAGCCCUCUGGACCCAACCACGGAGUUCCUCCAGGUCAAACAGACGGUUAUUGACCUUGGUAUCUUCUGCCAAAUCAAAGAGUUUAGUCAGGGGACCAAAGAUGUACAAUUGCUUAUCCCGGCAUGAUCGUGUGCAGAGUCCAGACCCUUACCCAGGUUCCAACCCUACUUGGGUCCACCUCUGGGAUGUCACACACCUAUGUUAGGCACCAUAGGCCUAAGACAUUCAGCUCUGAGUUUGUUCUAGGCCACCUUGCUGAGUGGGUGCCGCACCCAAGUUUCCAGGUAGCGGGCCACAUGGUACGCUGGGAGCCACUUGGCCAAUUUAGGAUGAUGGAGAUCAUCCAGGUCAAAUAAGGGUUCACCCAACGCAUCCAUGAGGGCAGUCCCCACAUCCGCAGGAAGAUCAGCCCUCAGAUCACCUCUGGUAAAGAGGUCAAGGCCCAAAUCAGCAGAAUCCCUCUUCUCACUAGACUCGCUUUCCGUGUCAGUCGCUCUCUUUUUGUGCUCUAGCACAUUUCCAUUGCUCUUUGCGUGGUUGAGACACGCUUUCUGGGACGACCGAAGAAAGGCAGAGGGAGAGACAUGCCUAGAUUUAUGGCUAGUCUUUUUGGGUGCAUCUCCUAAAGGGUCCACAGCAAGACGCAGUUGGCGUGUCAUGGAAUCCGAUAAAUCUGCAUCCGUAGGGUGUGCAAGUAGGGCCUGAGAAAUUGUCUGGGAUAAGGCUGAGGACAUAGAGCCCAUGGCAGCCAUAAUAGCCUCCGUCACUGUGCACUGUAGCGAAAUUUAAAUCAUUCGUACAAGCAAAAAAAACAAAACACCGAAACAGAUAAGUUAGAUACUUAACUGACUGUGGAGCAGCAAAGAAACAGGAAGGUCUUAGGGAGGUGCUUGCUAUUAUGGUGAGACUUAGACUGGGAGUAGCCUAUGUCACUGUGUGUAUACAUUAUAUUUUCUUUCUGUUAGUAUUCUUUACUGCUAUUGGUGGACAGUAAAGAAAGGGAUAUGCAAUAGGAGCCUUCGUGUCUUACUAUAAAUUUCCACCUUCCGAGAAAAGAAGUGCUCCUUCACAUAUGUGUUUCUUUAAAAAAAUAAAUAAUAAUAAAAAUAAAUAUAUAUAUAAUUUUUUUUUUUUUUUGUAAAGAAUAUCACAAAAGUAUAAACCGUGAUAUUCUAUACAUAUCCUCUGACAUUCUAGACCGACUUUUUAAAAAAAAAUUUAUAUUACAUAUUUAUGGUUUUAGUUACUUGGCUUUGAAUUCAGUAACCAGCAAUAAUUUGAGGUCACAAUAUAUUGCUUGCAAUUUUUCCCCAACACUUUUUUUUAUUUUUUUCAGUUUGAGUAUUGUGGUCUAAAUUGUGUGAUUCUUUUCCAGUUUAGUGAUGCACGUAGUUAUAAUGUAGGAUCAUACUUUGUGUGGUUUGAUAUAUCGAUAAGCCAUAUUAGUAACUGUGCAAUAUGCAGUAUAUGCCGUUUCCAUAGAUGGUAGUUGCUUUUCCAAUGUGAGAGAAUACUAUAUUUAUAUUAUUUUUCACUUAGAUGAAUAUGAGAACCACACAGAAACUGAUGCAAUCAUCUCAAGGUAUGUAUUUUAAAAUGCUAUAAUGUAAUAAAAUCUUUUUAUUUUUUUAUUUUUUUUAGCACUACUGCUUUUUUUUUGUACCCUUUGCUCUGUCUUUAUAUUUGCCUUUUUUUUUAUUUUUUAUUUUUUAUUUUUUUUUAUUUUUUGCUGAUUAUGGAAUACAGACCCACUUCCAUAGCUGCUUUGGCAGAUGGGUGUUUUGUGUGAUUUGUUUUAAUAAAUAAGUGCAAGAUUUGUUGUUGCGGCACAAUUUUCCUUGCCUCAUUUCAGCAGCCAGGAGAGCUGUAAACACAUGCAUAGGAACUUUGGUUAGCUCUCCUGCGCUUAGCCCUGCACCAUUGGGCUUAAAGGAACUGUCGUUACCCAGACCACUUCAGGUCAUUGAAGUGGUCUGGAUGCAGUGUCCCAGGUCAUUGUUGUAGUUUUUAAGAAACUGUAAUAAUUACCUGCUGGGGUUAAUUCCAUCUCUAGUAGCUGUCUACCAGACAGCCACUAGAGGGACUUCUUAGGCCGUAAGGUGACUUUUGGUCACCUGACACUGGACAUGGGAACUUCCAGCAUCACACAAAACUCCACAGGAAAGGAUUGAAUAAUGCUUCUCUAUGGAGAAAUCCUAAUGUGAGUGCGGCUAUUGCCACACAUGCGCAUUAGGCUGAUGCCGGUGGGUGAGGAGCAAAGGCAGACCUGAGCCAGUGCUGAGGCACAUCUGCACUGGACCCAGGUAAGUGACAGAAGAUGUCUUUAACACCUUCUGUACCACAAGGGGAGGAGGUGGGCAUUGAUGGAGGGUGAAGCUAUAAUGCAAAAAAAGUUUUUCCUUUAGGGUUGAGCAGCACAGUGAAUAUGAUGCUUGGAGUCUGAUUGGUUAACCAGUGCUGACUAGCCUCCUUACUGCAGCGCGAACCUCCUACUAUGAGAUCAUCAAGUUGAUAACCUGAUUGGUUAACCAGUGCUGACUAGCCUCCUUACUGCAGCGCGAACCUCCUACUAUGAGAUCAUCAAGUUGAUAACCUUUGUCCCAUCAAAUGCUUCUUAUGGAGAACCAUUGUGUACAUACAAUACAUAUGCUGCAGUUCACUAAUCCAGUGCUUCUCUGUGAAAAGCAAUCAACGCUUCUCAGAGGAAAAACACUGUUUGCAUACCAAGCAUUCAGUGUCUGCAUACUUUACAUGCUAACCCUGGACAUCAAAUAAAUGAAAUUAUUGAAUUUUUUUUUUUUUUAAAUCUGAAGAGCCUAUUGGUUGACCAUCUAACUACCACUAGAAACUGAAAGCCGUGCUGUUGAUCAGAAUCUGCAAAAAUGCAGGGGCAGCCUUAUGGCUCAAAAUCACUUUAUUAGGUGAAGUAAUUUUAGUGCUCUAUGCUUCUGUAAGAAUGGUUUGAGAUUACUUAUUACUUCUGUAUCAAAUGUAUUAUAAGUGCGUUACUUGAUUAGUUUAUUUCACAGUUUCCCAACAAUAUUGCAAUUCAUAAUGUUCUGAAUGAAGCCUCCAUUAACAGUAGUUUCGGAAAGAGUGAGAUAAGUGCCUCUAGUGACAGAACUCUAUUGUUCUCUAUCCUAACUUUUAGUACUUAAUGGAAAUUGAGUGUAUGACCAAAUCAACCACUACUGAAGCAGCUUGAAGCAGUGUAGUGUGGCUGGGUUAAGCUAUACAAACCUAUAUUGUAGUGGACUAGGUCACUAGUUGCUCAGUCAUAAGUUUUUCAGCAAUUUUUUUUUUUUUAAAUGGAAUCUGUUGUGACCUACAGUAACUUUUUGAUUAUUUUAAAGAUCAUCAAAUUCCAUAUAUACAUUGUGCUAGCAGUUUUGAGAGCAAAUGUAUAGAUUGGGAGAAAUAUCUAUUAGAAAGUAUGUAUUUCUCUCACUGUCAAUCAAUUCUUUGACAUAGAGACAUUCCACAGACCGUCCAUCUGCUAACCAUGCACAGCAACCGCAGAGGGUAAGGCAAAUCUGCAACAAGUUCCUUUUAGUCCAAUAAGCGUUUUAUAUGAAGCUUCCUGUUACACAUUCCACAUUCUUUUUUUUGUCCCAUCUUCUGUAUGAAACUUUUGGACUUGAGCAUAUGCCCACUUUCAUCUUUGUUGUCUCAUAACCUUUGUAUAGUCUUUGAGUUAUGAGCUUUCAUGACUCCAAACACGAAACAAAGUUUUACGUAAUUUACUAAAACUUCCUCUAGAGUAUAAUUGGUUGUUUCCACAUAUAGCUGUAACAGAUAUUGUAACACAAGUACAAGUAGGAUAUUUGGAAGCCCACUAGAAACCUGGAACAUUUGAUUCUGCGUGAAAGAUGCUGAAAAAGUUCUGCAUCAUAAUACAUCACUAUAUGUUCUUAUUUUGUUUGUGUAUAAUAUAUAUAUUUAUAUAAUUUCUUUUUUCUUUAUUCCUGAAGGACAGCAGCGUUGGAUCCAGCUGCAGAAUAUAAAAUGAACAAUGUAAAGCGAGGCUUGGCCUUGAUCUUUAACCAUGAAAGGUUCUACUGGCAGUUAACCUUGCCAGAAAGACGUGGAACUAAUGCUGACAGAGACAACCUUCAUAGAAGGUAAGCGAAAAGCAUCAGCUUAAAGGAUAACUGUCCAAAAAAAAAUCUAAAUAUAGUCUUUAUUUUAUAAUAUUCCAUCUAAUUGUUUUUUUGUUUUUUUUAUUCCAAAUUAUUCAUGGAGUUUUGGAAUUUUAGUUCAAUGCUAAUGUACAUAACAGUAUGUUUAGAGACAAAUGGAUUAAGCAUGCAAAGAUCACACUUUGAGCUAAAUAUGGAUUUUAUCCAGGACAUUUUUUAAAAAAGAAAUAACUUUGCUAUUCUCCCUUUCUGACAGUCAUUUUGUAUGCACAUUGGAUCAGAUUGCCAGGUUUUUUGUUUUUUGUUUUUUUUUGCAACCAUCAGUUCAUACUCAAAUUUGUAUGUUCUUUCUGCCGGUAGCAUGGUCUAUCAGAAGGGUAAUUCAGUAAAGUGAGAAGAGUUUCAAAUUAUUCAAAAUGUGAGGCCAAACUAGGUGAACUGCUCUGCUAGGUGACAUCGAACGUAAGAACCUUCAAAAAUGUUUUAAUUAAGACCUGCCUCUGGUGGCUGUCAGUCUGAUGAGUUGCAAAAUAAGGAGUCCUUUUGUAACCACAGCACCCAUGUGAGCACAGCUUGUUUAAUGCAGUCUGUGGAGCACUAUCUAUUGGUAAAACAUGUAGACAGCAACAGGAGGUAGUACUUUAUCCACACUGCUCCCUCUACGUAAUAAAAUAAAGAAUGGCCAGGCAAACCGCUCUGGAGCUUUGAUUUUUGAUUAAUCUGUUGUCAAAUGGUUUAAACCCUGAAGGUAAGAAGGCACCCGGGUACUGCCCCACAACAACCUUAAUUGAGCUUAAUAGAACACUAUAUGUAAUGUGACUUCAUUGGUUGUAGUGCUUGGAUUCCUCUGAUGCUGUCCUUCCAUUCAGUGUUAAAUCAGAUUUUGGCAGUUUAAAGCUAAAUAAGAUUAUUUGGCCACGUACAGCUCAGCCCUUACUAGAGGUAUCGCUGAGGCAGAUAUUACACACUUCCUUCCAGCCAUAACCAUUCAUACCAGCAAUAGGCACUGUGAUAGACUGAAAGCACAAGCUGACACACUCAGCCAGUCACAGCAGCCCAUUGCUAUUUGAGCUAAUGUUUCCUCGUUUCGCAUUAAAACAUUAAUGCUAAUUGGAAGGAUAGCCCUAAGGGACUCCUGACACUAUAGCUACUUUAAUUAGAUAUAACAGUGCCUACAGUGUCCAUUUAAUUUGUAAUGGGGAUGAGUGGUCCUUUAUAAGUUGCACACAUUAACCUUUUUUCCCCCCCCCAUCUUUCUUUAGGUUACAUGACCUUGGGUUCGAAGUAAGAGUGUAUAGUGACCUCAAAGCAGUGGAAGUGCUUGAAAAAAUCCACGAAGGUACGAAGGCUUUCUAACUUUAUUUAUAAUGUUUAUGGCUAAUAUAGAUUUUAAGAAGUGUCCUUGAAAAUGUACAGUACAAUGUUAUACAUCUGACAUGGGUUGUGUACUCUACAAUGAAAGGGAACAUCAAAUUAAAAUAUUACUUCACUUAGCGAAUUCAAAGCUCUUUAGUUUAUUUUCACGUUAUGAACAUUAGAUUAAAUUGAGCAUAAUAUAAUGUGUAGAAAAUAAAUAUCUCUGGUCUCUUAUGGCAGAUAAUUCUAGAAUGUUGAUGCUGAAAGGUCAGUGUUCUGAUGUAGUUAAUGUAGUUAUGAAAAUCACAGGGACAAAACAUUAAAUUUUUAUUUAUUUUAAAGGAACACUAAAGUCACCUGAAAAAACAGCUUAAAUUAGGUUGUUCUGGUGAGUAUACUAGAUUCCUGAUGGCCUUUUAAUGUAAACACUGUCUUUUCAGAAAAAAAGACCGUGUUUACAUUAGAGCCUAGGAAUGGCCAUUAGAGGGACUUCCUGGUUCAGUCCUGCCCGAUGUGCAGUACUCACGUUUUGACUUCCUCACGUUUAGCUGAAGAAUUCAAACAUAGUAUCAGGACACUGCAGUGUCCUACAGUAAAACUCUGAGGCUGUCUGCAGUCUGCUCAAGGCAGCAUAGAUUUCACAGAAGUACAGGUUGCUAAAUGCUGAAGACAGGAUUCUGGAGACCCAGCAGGAGGAGAGAUUUGCCACCUGCCAGAGAUCUACUGGACUUCAAAUAGUAAGUAAACUUAUUUUAAAAAAUAAAUGAGUUGGAGAGUAAGCGAGAGCUAGCCUGCCAAAGGGAGAGAGAGACAGACAGACAGACAGACAGACAGACAGACACAUAUACCAGAGGCCCAGCAGUAAUGAUGGUGUGAGGGGGCCACCGAACCCACUGAAGUGCACACUAGCAGAGCCCAGUAAAGGGCAAUAAAUAUGUAUAGCAGCUAAGGGGGGCACCCUAUGCAGCAAUAGGCCUGCGACCCUAUCCCCAUGCAGGGACUCUUGUGCCAAACCUGUCUGUGUCUAAGAGUGUCUUAAUAUGAUCGGAAAAGAUCUGCAAAUAUACACUCCACGUGUUGAUCAUAUACACGGCUCAAAAAAAUAAAGGGAACACUUAAACAACACAAUGUAACUCGAAGUCAAUCACACUUCUGUGAAAUCAAACUGUCCACUUAGGAAGCAACACUGAGUGAUAAUCAAUUUCACAUGCUGUUGGGCAAAUGGGAUAGACAACAGGUGGAAAUUAUAGGCAAUUAGCAAGACACCCACAAUAAAGGAGUGGUUCUGCAGGUGGUGACCACAGACCAAUUCUCAGGUCCUAUGCUUCAUGGCUGAUGUUUUGGUCACUUUUGAAUGCUGACGGUGCUUUCACUCUAGUGGUAGCAUGAGACGGAGUCUACAACCCACACAAGUGGCUCAGGUAGUGCAGCUCAUCCAGGAUGGCACAUCAAUCAAGCUGUGGCAAGAAGGUUUGGUGUGUCUGUCAGCGUAGUGUCCAGAGCAUGGAGGCGCUACCAGAAGACAGGCCAGUACAUCAGGAGACGUGGAGGAGGCCGUAGGAGGGCAACAACCCAGCAGCAGCACCGCUACCUCCGCCUUUGUGCAAGGAGGAACAGGAGGAGCACUGCCAGAGCCCUGCAAAAUGACCUCCAGCAGGCCACAAAUGUGCAUGUGUCUGCUCAAACGGUCAGAAACAGACUCCAUGAGGGUUGUAUGAGGGCCCGACGUCCACAGGUGGGGGUUGUGCUUACAGCCCAACACCGUGCAGGACAUUUGGCAUUUGCCAGAGAACACCAAGAUUGGGAAAUUCGCCACUGGCGCCCUGUGCUCUUCAGGUUCACACUGAGCACAUGUGACAGAGUCUGGAGACGCCGUAGAUAAUUUUCUGCUGUUGGCAACAUCCUCCAGCAUGACUGGUUUGGCAGUGGGUCAGUAAUGGUGUGGGGGGGCCACACAGCCCUCCAUGUGUUCGCCAGAGUUAGCCUGACUGCCAUUAGGUACCGAGUUGAGAUCCUCAGACCCCUUGUGAGACCAUAUGCUGAUGCGGUUGGCCCUGGGUUACUCAUAAUGCAAGACAAUGCUAGACUUCAUGUGGCUGGAGUGUGUCAGCAGUUCCUGCAAGACAAAGGCAUUGAUGCUAUGGACUGGCCCGCCCGAUCCCCAGACCUGAAUUCAAUUGAGCACAUCUGGGACAUCAUGUCUCACUCCAUCCACCAACGUCACUGUGCACCACAGACUCACCAGGAGUUGGCAGAUGCUUUUAGUCCAGGUCCAGGAGGAGAUCCCUCAGGAGACCAUCUGCCACCUCAUCAGGAGCAUGCACAGGCAUUGUAGGGAGGUCAUACAGGCAUGUGGAGGCCACACACACUACUGAGCCUCAUCAAAGUUUUAAGGACAUUACAUCAAAGUUGGAUCAGCCUGUAGUGUGUUUUUCCACUUUAAUUUUGAGUGUGACUCCAAUUCCAGACCUCCAUGGGUUGAAAAAUUUGAUUUCCAUUUUUUAAUUUUUGUGUGAUUUUGUUGUCAGCACAUUCAACUAUGUAAAAAACAAAGUAUUUCAGAAGAAUAUUUAAUUCAUUCAGAUCUAGGAUGUGUUAUUUUUGUGAUCCCUUUAUUUUUUUGGAGUAGUGUAUUUACAAACUUCUCAAUCUGUAGAGAAAGUAGGGGGUGAAAGAGAGCUGGAAACACAGCCAGCAAGCAGCAGCACUAAGAGGGCGAGGGGGGGAAGAAUCAUAGGGCCGUGGCUGCAGGAGCGCGUGGGAGCUGACGCUGCUCCAACUAGAUGGCUGCCGUGGCAAGCAGGCCAAUGUGUUCCGGGAGACGCGGAAUGAACGCCACGAGCGGAGAAGCUGCUCAUGUGUGGCCAGGAAGGUGGCAGAGACCCGCAAGGGGCUAGAAAGGGAAUGUGGGACCAGGGAUUCAGUGCGGCAAUGACUAGAAAGGCGCCAUGGACGCACUAUGGGUGGCAGGGAGGAAGCCCCUUUGUAAGCCCCAGGAACAGAGAGCAGCUCAGCACAGAGGAAUCCCAUAUAACUGAAACACCAAAAUACAGUAUCCCAAGUAACAAGAGAAAUAAGCAAUAUUUAAUCUGCAAAUACAGUAGAAUAUAGAAAAAAAAACGCAAAUACAGAGAAAAUAAUUCAAUAAGAACCCAGAGCAGACAAACUUUCUGAGUUGGGGAAUUCUCACCAUUCACACAGCCAAAAGCUAGACCGGAUAAUAACCAAACAUACUAAACUAAAUACAGCUUAGAAAUCAAGGCAAAAAUGCAGCAUAUAGUAAUACAUGAGCAAUAAAGCAAUAAACAGGAGCAGCAGCAAAGAAAGCGGACGUGGGAGAGUCUGUCUGAGAGUUUUAUAUUACUGUUCUUUUUCUGAUUGGUUGUUUCCUGAAAGUUAUGGUAACUAUUUCUUUGCUGCUGGAGGUUUCAGUAAAGACGGUAAAGCAAAUAUGAAGCCUCCUGUCUUUCCAUAAGAUGUAAAUGUUGUUCCUGUAGAACAUUGUUUAAUCUAGGUAACCAGUAUUAAAUUGUAGAUGUACUUUUUUUUAAAUAUAUUUUUCAGCAUCCACAACAGACCACAGUGACUUUGACUGCUUCAUCUGUGUGUUCUUGAGCCAUGGAGAAGAUAAUCAAGUGUAUGCUUAUGAUGCAAAGAUUGAAAUCCAGAGGUUGACUAGUCUAUUCAAGGGUGACAAAUGCAAGAGUUUAGUGGGGAAGCCAAAGAUUUUUAUAAUCCAGGUAACUAUAUGUCCUAUCAUUAAGAAGUAUUCAUAUGCUUAAUAUUUUCUAUGCUUCUGUGAUUCUCAAUACCCAUUAAAAAAAAAAGUCUGUAUAGGGCAAUGUGCAUAUUUUAUUUAAGGGACACUAUAGUCACCAGAAAAACUACAGCUUAUUGUAUUUGUUGUGGUGAGUAGAAUAAUUCCCUUCAGGCUUUUUUUGCAGUAAACACUGUAUUUAACACUGGCCGCUCCUCUGCAUGGACACACUGAACUUUCCUCAUACAGAUGCAUUGAUUCAAUGUAUCUCUAUGAGGAGAUGAUUAUCCAGGGAUGUGUCGGACUUGUGCUGGCUCUGCCCGUGAUCUGCGUCCUUGACACUCUCAGCCAAUCCUAUUGGAAAGCAUUGUGAUUGUCUCAGACAACCACUUCUGAUGAUGUCAGCAGACAGAGGCAGUUCAGAGACAGACAAGGGCAGAGCCAGCAGCUGCAGACUUGAAUACAAAUAAGAUUUUACUAUAUUUAGGGAGGCAAGAGAGUCCUAGGGGGCUAGAUGUUGGUUUUAACAUAAUGGGGUCAGGAAUACAUGUUUGUUAUCUUGACCCUAUAGUGUUCCUUUAAUCGGCUUAGAGUACUCUUAUUGCACCACCCUUAAGAUAAUAUAAAAACGUAACAAGAAUCCAGGUCCAGGCAAAGUUCUUAGUGAACCGCUCCUCGCUACUUCAAGAUCAGGGUGCUGUCUGCAUAGUGUGCUUUUAGUUUACCAGGCUGCAUGAUUGGCAAGAAGCCUGACAUGCAUUCACACCACACUGACAUUCCAGUUCUUUGGGCAGUUCUGGUUAGGUGAUUUGGAGGCCGGGCCCCAAAAUUUCUGAUUGCAGCGCUGUAGGUACAUGAUGCUGGGAAGGUAUGACUGUUUUAGAGUUUUUUUUUUGUUCGAUAAGAUUCUGUAAUUAGGCUCAUCGUAAUUGUCAGCACCAUGCCCAAUGGGCUCUAAUCUGGCCCUGAUGUGCAUGUAUAUUUUAUUCUACACAAAAUGUAAAAAGGUAUGUGGUAAUGCACCUGGCUUUUAUUUCAGGAAACAAUAACAUUUAUAGAAACAAAAAUUACCUUAAUUUCUCAGUUAAAUAGUUUUUAUUGAUGUCUUCUCCUUCUAAAGGCUUGUCGGGGAAAUCAACAUGAUGAGCCAGUCUUGGCAACGGAUAGUACGGAUGGUGUUAUCGACGUCCCUGACACCAAUGUAAUUGAAGUGGAUGCUGCAUCCGUGUACACAUUGCCUGCUGGUGCCGACUUCAUUAUGUGUUACUCUGUAGCAGAAGGUAACAUAGUUUAAUUGUAUUUCUUCCAGCAAUUUAGGACUGUCAGUACUAAUAUCUAUCUAUCUAUCUAUCUAUCUAUAUCCUUGAUCAGGGUUUCACAAAUUUGUUUGGAAUCUAGGAGCCAGUUUAAUUUACGAGAAAUAUACAAUUCUAAUAGGGACACUAUAUAUAGUCACCAGAACCACUACAGCUUAAUAUAGUUGUUCUGGUGCGAAUGGCCUGUCCCUGUAGUCUUUUCAAUGUAACAUUGCUACCUAGUAAAACCUCUAGUGACAAUCACUCAGAGGGCCGCUAGAGAGUCCUGUGGCAGUUCUGCACAGUGUGCAGCAUCUUCGUUCAGCGUCUCUACGCUGUGCAUGGAGGUGCUGAAUGUUACCUGUAGAGAACAUGCACAAUAUCUUUCCAAUGUUUUCCAAUAGAAAAACAUUGGUUUAGCUGAGAUCUUAAAGACUGAUUAUCUCCACCAUGAAGGCAGGACAAGCCGCGGAAAACUGGCACGGCGUGGGAAAGAAGGUGAGUAAAAACACCAAUCUCUUGAUCGGAGGGGUGUAGAUAUCGAAACACACACGCGCACACACACUGACAUACAUACGUACAUACACACACUCUGACAUUUUCCAUGUUAAUUUUAAUCCACCCAGCCUCCCUACCUUUGGGAGAGCUGAGUGGAUCUUUCCCUGGAGUCCAGUGGGGCUGCUAUUCCUGUAUGCGAGGGAGCAGGGAUCUUCCUACAGCUCCUGUCUGCUCCCUCACACUGUCUGCAGUGACGCCAGGGCCGGAAUGAUGUCUUGUUCCGGCUCCCGGUAUCAAUACACAGUGCAAGGGAGCAGAGAGGAGCUUCAGGAAGAACACUGCUCCCUUGCGCGCUGUCCAAGCCUGCCGUCUCCACGAUCCCCAGGGCGGCUGCCUGCGCGCUUCCUGUGCCGCCCGCGCGCUGCUCAGAGUGACCGGCCUGCUCCAUUGUUCUCCCAUACUGCCUUUAGCUAAAGGGCUUCAAAUACCAGGCACCAGGGCAAAAUUUCUAGUAGUCAUUGUGACCUGGAACUUGUCGAGUCCUGCCAUUGUUUUGGAUUCUAAAGUAAACUUACUCAUUCAAGUAUUUGGUAAUAUGUGAUGGGUUAAACUGAAAAUGUGGCCUUAAUCCACUCAAAGAUGUCUAUCUCAAUUAAAGCAUUUGUUUUGCAAUGUCUUCCUGUGAAUUGAUGGAUUAUGAAAAUGUUCUUGACAUGUAUAUGACAAUCUAUGCAUUUUGCAUUGCUUAUGGUGAUAGUGUCUUCCCUGUCUCUGGAUGUCUUCUGUUUAAGGCCUAUAUGUGGCAUCUGGACACAUUCUGUGGCUUGAAGGGUUUCUCUAACCAUUUUAGGAGUCAAAUCACUUUUUCCCAGCCUACAUGGAAUUUUUUUUUUUCAUUUCAAUCAGAACACUUCUCAAUUUUCUUACCGUUUUGGUGCAGGGCUGUUUUUACAUUUCUGUUUGUGUUUAGCUGUAAUUUUCCUCUUACUCAUUUACUGUACCCGAAACAUAUACCGUUUUUCUCGCCAUUAAAUGGUCUUUCUAAAGAUACCUAUAUUUCUAUCAUAUCAUAUAAUUUACUAUAAAGAAAUUUUAUAAAAUAUAAUUCAAAAUAAAAAAACACAAACAAAAAAACACUUUAGUACUUUGACCCCCAAAAUCUACAUCCGCCAAAAAACACCCAUGCUAAAUAGUUUCUAAUUUUUUUUCCUGAGUUUAGAAAUACCCAAUGUUAACAUGUUCUUAGCUUUUUGUUUUGGAAAGUUAUAGGGCAAUAAGUACAAGUAGCACUUAGCUAUUUCCAAACCAUUUUUUUUUUUUUUUUCAAAAUUAAUUAAAGUUACAUUGUAACACUAAUAUCUGUCAGGAAUCCCUGAAUAACCCUUCACAUGUAUAUAUUUUUUAAAAGAAGAUAACCUAAGGUAUUGAACUUGGGAUAUAUGGACUCCUUUUCAUGCAACCAUUUAACCACCAAUCUAUGCCAAAUUUAAAGAAAUAAAAUAUUUAGAGUUCUCCGUACAUGCAUUCUUAAAUUACUAUGUGUCAAAAAAUAAAUAAAAAAAUUACUAAGGUUUACUGCCAAAGGACACUCCAAUAUGUGUUCAGCAACAUCUCCUGAGUACAGGAAUGCCCCCCCCCCCAAUGUAUAGGUGUGUCGGGUUCUCUGGGGGCUAAAAUACCUUAUUUGGAGGGUGUGCAUUCCAGUUUUCCAACUUGGAAUUUUCACAGCUGGUCAUCAUGCACCCAUGUCCCAUUUGGGACAUUUUUGAAGCCAGCCAAUGUAAUUUACCCCCAUCAAACCAUAUCUUUUUGAAAAGUAGACACCCUAGGGCAGGCAUAGGCAACCUUUGAUAUUCCAGAUGUUUUGGACUGCACCUCCCAUGAUGCUUUGCCAGCAUUAUUGGUGUAAGAGCAUUCUGGGAAAUGUAGUCAAAAACAUCUGGAGUGCCGAAGGUUGCCUAUCCCUGCCCUAGGGUAUUUCAAAUGGUGGUAUUUUAACACUUUCCAUGCACUAAUUCUACCACAGUCUUUAUCAGACUUUUGGGUAGUUGUUUUUUUUUUUGUUUUGUUAUUUUUCUCUCACAUUGUACUUUAGGCAUGGAUUCUCAGUUCCUGUUAUGUGUUACUGACAAAGAAUACCCCAAUAUGUUUUCAGCAAUAUCUUCUGAGUACAACAGUGCCCGCAAUGCACAGGUUUUUGCAAACUUACAGGGGUCAAAUGUAGGGUUUUCCCCUUUUCCAUGUUUGCACAUUGACAUUUGCCAGAUUGGUUUGCUGGGCCUAUGUUGCCUUUGAGACCAUAUAGCAGCCCAGGAAUGAAAAUGAACCCCAUCAUGGCAUACUAUUUGUAAAAGCAGACAACCCACGGUAUUCAAAAUGGGGUAUGUCCAGUCUUUUUUUUGGUAGCCACAAAUGCUGGCCAAAGUUAGGGUUUUUAUUUGUUUUUUGAAUUUUAUUUUACAGAAAACUGCGUUUUUACUGGUGAUUUCAUCAUCGUGAUAAGUUUUAAACACUCAUAUUUGUGUUCAGCGAAGUCCCCCAACUAUAACGGUAACCCCCCAUGUACAGGUUUUAUGGUGUUUUUGAAAGUUUACAGAGUCAGUAUAAGGCUUGCCCAAUUCAGUUUGCCAAAUUGGUUUGCUGGGUCUGUGUUGCCUUUUGAGACCAUAUGGUAGCCCAGGAAUGUGAAAUAACCCCAUGGCAUACCAUUUUCAAAUGUAGACAAACCAGGGUAUUCAAAAAAGUUAGCAUUUUUAUUCAUUUAAAAAAAAAAUGUUUUUCCCAAUUUACGGCAAUAUACCUCUAUAUAUUGCCUAGUGGUUAGAUAACACAUAAUUAGCAAUACACAGCUUAGUCAAUAGCACCAGUCGGUUGUGGUGUGCCGGAACAGACAAUGCAGUAGGCCUGUAAUAAAGAGGGCAAAAAGAAGUGUACCAUACAAAUAUAUAUAUUCUACAAUACCUCAAUAUUACUUGGAUAUGACACGAGAUGCCUGAUGAAUCCCUAACCGGUUCAGGUAUAGGAGGAUGAUGUCCGUCUGUGAUUUGUGGAGUAGUCCCGGCUCUAAGGGAUGCUGGACUAUCUGUGUAUACUUGGCAAGAUACAGCCCAGACCUGCAGUGGUGUUGGGUAGAGAUGGUAACCCAAUGAUUUGGGAACUCGAGACUUACGAUUUAUACAAAGCCACCAUUAGUAUUAUCCAUAUAACAUACCGGCAGGCUAGCUAUUGCCAAGUGGCGAAGAAUUCAACUAAUGAGGGUGACAGGUGAGUCCCUGCUAGUUGUCAAGUCGUAUGAGAGGCUCUAUCUAUGCAUUGGCCCGAGGGGAGGUAGUGUCGGGAUCCCGCGGGUGGCUGCGAGGGGAGGCUGCACUCCGCUUGCGGUACUCACCCUCCAGCCGUCCGCGGUCCCCUCCUCCUCGUGGGUCCGGCGAGCGGCAUCCUUCCAGCCUCGGAUGCCGCCGGCCGUUCCCUCCACGUCCCCCAGCGGCAGCAUACAUGACGCUGCACGCUGGGAGACCGCCCAGGUUUAUACACGCCGGGGUCAGUCACCUGACCCGGCAUUAAAGGCACAGUGCCUUAAUCACAGUGGGAGGUCUAGAUAUCUCCCGCGUGUGAUUGUUAAUUCUGAUUGGAAAUUAUCCAAUCAGAAUUAACCUUAUGGUUUAAAUACUUACCUUUCCUGUUCCUCCCUGCCCUGUUGUGGUCUUUGCUUUCUAGUAUUGCUACUUACCUUGUGCUUCUGGUUACGUACUCUCUGGCUUGUUUAUCUGACUCUGUGACUUUCUCCUACCCUUUGACCUCGGCUUGUUUCACGUUAUUCUGUCUUCUGGUUCCCCUUACUCGGCUUGUCUCCUGACUAUUCUGUGUGUGCUUAGCCCGGCCACUCUAAGGUCUGGUACGGCACCUUUUGUGUGUGUGUGUGUGUCAGCGUGUUGGGUUCCCCGAAUCGUGACAGGUAGAGGCCACCGAAACGUAAGUGGCGGGGUGAUGGCCUCUCGGUGACUACUAAAGCAUAAGAUAGAAUGGGAGUGACAGGUGAGGACCUCCCUAUGCAGCAAAGCGAGGCAAAUAUGGCGUCAUCCUCAGAGUAUGAGGGGUACCUCCAAGUAUGACGACUGGUAUUGGCCUCGCGGGACCACUAGACUAUGGCAUAGAGGCCAGAAACCUACCAUAGUGGGCACUUAGAUCCCUAACAACCAGCACUUAUCUGCUAAUAGGGGACCUCAGUGUGGGCCAGAUCAUGGACCCAGCUAGACUGUGGACCCCUUUAGAAUGGUGACUAAGAACGUAUGCCCCUGUGUGGGCCAAAUAGUGGAUCCGUGUAGAACCGUGACCGGGAACGUAUAAUUGUAAAUUAUACUAGCUUUAAUGUAACUAUAAUCUUAAUUAUAUUAAUGACAGGAAGCGAAUAUUUGCUUAAGUCUCUUUCCUAGAACUCCACACUAGCACAUUAACACAGGAAAAAAACAACCACUCAGAAAAACAUAAACAAAGGUCCCCUCCCAACCAACUACUUUCUCUUUUAAUCUGUAACAAAACAAACAGAAGCAAACAUAUCCAUCUAGUAGUAGUAGUAGUAGAAGUAGUCAAACAAAAUCAACAGACGACCUCCAUCCAGUACCCUAAACCGAACGUGGAGCCGUAGAUGAACCAUUAAACUUUAUUCAGACGCAAGUCUUGAACGUGGAUCUGUAGACGAACCAUUAAACUGAAACAAGUUACAGAGUCAAAAGCUCCGGUUAGUGAACGAAAUGUACUGUGAAAACAUGAAGACCCCAUAAUCAACUACAGACAGUACAAUAUCUAUAAAGUCUCACCCCGACAUCCCUCAGGAAGGCAAAACCACUGACCUACCUAUUCCUAGUUCUGAAGAACAAACUAUCAACUAGAGGUGAAUAAAUAAAACAAAAUUAACAUGGGUAGGGUGAAACUGGGAGGAAAAUAUUCGCCACCUAUCCUUAAUAAAAUUAAGAUUAUAAAUAUACUAAAGCUAGUAUAAUCUACAAUUUUAUAACAUGACAGGAGGCUUCAUAUUUACUGUUUUAAUGCUCAGAUAGCACAGUCUGAAAUAAAAAUAGUGGAAAGCGUCCCCCCGGGACCAGUCAGUUGAUCGCAGGAUGUCUUGGAGAGAGUCGCCCUCGAGGAAGGAGUCCGAAGCCGCCGCGCUCCUAACUAAAUCCACUCCGACGGUCGAAUUAAUGCUCGCCAAUGAUGACAACCACAAAAUUCACCGUGUCAGGGUAGGAGAAAAGACCGGUGUGUGAGGUCUAUCAUAAGAGAUCAAUAAUUGGUUGGAACUGGACAGGCGAAGCGAAGAACUAAGUGUCACCUAGUGAGACGGAGCAGUCACUACACCUAGCAUAGGGGAGUCGUGGAAAUAUGGGUAGAAUACAGUUGUCGAACCCGACUGGUACGCCUAGACACCGCGAAGGUGACCUCCUGGGGAGAAAGAAAAGCGUCGACAUCGAAGGUCCGGACUCUGGAGACUUGACUAAAAGAAAUUAGGCAGAGUAGGAAAAACAAAAUCAGUCGAAAACUGACGGAGGGAAAAGUCUCUCGAGUAUCAGGCGAAACCUGGAGAAGUGACAAGACCGUGUGUAUGUCCCAGAGACCGUGAAAGUCUCAUGCCUCGGAGAAAUCUGCAAACCCGCAGGUGCAAGAAGUAAGUUCAGAACACUGGUAACAGGGCCCGUAAAGGGAUCAGUAUCCCAUUCCAGGCACCAACGACACCAGGAGUUCCAUGCUAACAAGAAGCAUCACUUAGUUCCAGACCGCGAUAAUGUAUUGACCUUCCAGGUUCCCCUGACUGUGUCCAGGCCACUAAACAGAGGUGGCCAUCCACCACAAGGGGUUGAGGAUCGCCCCGGAAGUCCGAGAGGAGCAUUAGUGGGGAUGGUGGAAGGAGUGGAUCCUGAUGGGUUAGAUCCAGAAGUCCCGAAAACUAGGCCUGACUCCGCAAUACCAAAGAUACGCGUUGAUGGCGAAACUGCAGUCGGACCCUGGAGAUCAUAGCAAACGGAGGAAACGUAUAAAGUCCCUGUGACGUUCACACAUGAAGGAAAACAACCACCGCUGCGCAAGCCAGAUCCAGAAGCCAGCUGAAGUAGGUCGGGACCUGAUAGUUGUCUUGAAAGCGAAAAGGUCAACCACGGACUGACCUCUCCGGGCCGUGAUCUUGAGGAACAUGGGAUGUAGGAGUCUCCAAACGCUGGCAUUCCUCCAAUGUCCGGAGGACCAGUCCGCCGUCAGGGUCAACACCCCCGGAAGCUAUCCCGCCUGGAGAGUGAUGUUGCUUUGGAAGCAGAUACUGUAAAUCUCCUUUGUCACCUCAGAAAGCAUCUGGGAGCGAGCUCCAUCCAGGCGGUUGAUGCAUAUAGUGUGGCGAAACCAACCUCGCCACUGGGCAUUGGAGAAGCCUGUUUGCCUGCCUGCUGACUAUGGCCCCUGGGAGAUUUGGCCCUUUAAAUACAGUAUUUGGGCAUAUUGUAUUUUAUUAUGCUGCUGCUGGCCCUUUAAGAACCAUCUGGGGACAUACUGUGGAGUUACUGGGUGGCCACCAUUUCAUGUAUCAGAGGCACAUGGUGAGAACAAUGGAUGGCGGCCAUUUUAACUCACAGACACUGUUUGGACUUUUCUACAUGGUGCCAUCUCGCCAGUAUUUGGUGCACAAAGACAUUGUUCAGUAGUUUUAAACUAUAAAACAGGGGACACAUUAUACAGUAAUUAUUUUUCAUAUAGCCUGUAUAUGUUCUGCGGAAUCUGCAUUAAACUGCAUCUUCCAAACUACUGAACGGAUCUGGGUGAAUUUUGGAUAUGUGGUUCACCCAGAUCCCCCGGUUCAGAGGAUAUUUUAUGGGGUUAUUGCAUGUUUUGGGGUCCCUGUCAUAUGUUUUAUAAUACUGUAUUUCUCUGCUUGUGAUAAUUAUAUUAACCAUUGUGUUCAGUAAUCAUAUCACAGGCAGAGGGGAGGAUUUUGUGUGGGAGUGUCUGUGUGUAUUGUACGGAUUGAUUGGUUGUAUUUCAAAACCUUGUGGGCAGUACUAUGUUUUUAGAAUGUGAAUAAGAGAGGCUGUAUGUGCCAGUACAGUCAGUUCUGCUUGACCUCAAAACGAAGUGUUGUCUCGUUACUGGGGAAACUGCUACAAGGAAUUGCUAUGCUAGUCAUACGCCCUUGCUGUAUCACUACUAAGCUCUUGUAAGAGCUUGUUCUGUCUUGCUCUCUGGAGGAGUCUACAGUGGUUAAGGUGUCUGCUCUCUGGAGGAGUCUACAGUGGUUAAGGUGUCGGCUGGAGUGCUUGGAGCCCUCAGGAAGCACUAGGUGCAUCCUUCAACGGAGGUACCCAGUCGGGGUGCCAGGUGAUCCGUUACACAUAGCACCGCCGAAAUAUUGUCCAUCCCGAAGAGAUUGCCGUAAUCAGAAAGGUGACUCGCCAGGCUCCGAAUCGCGAACGACCCCGCAACCAAUUCCAGACAGUGUAUGUUGAAUUCCGACCCAUCUCCAAAUUGACAAGAAUACUCGGUCGUAGAAUGGUCUGCGCGGAGAAAGUGAGCCUUCGGGCGUUGUAUGGCCCUGUAGUGAAGCAAACCCGGGUAGCUCGCCAGGAUCGAUACAGAGAGGAGGCCCACCAUACGCGCCCAACAUCCUCAGUGGAAUCCGGUCUUGACGUAGUAUCCUCCAUAAUUCCUUACAAAUGUUUGAGAACUCAGAUGGGGAAGGCAUUGGAGGCACUCCCUUGUGUCUAAUCUGAAACCCCAGAAUUUGACUACCUGUGAUGGAGAGAGGGCUGAUUUUUCCCUGGUUGUCCACGAAACCUAGGGACUCUAAUAAGGAGACCGCAGAGCGCGUCUGACAUUUCAGCCUGGAGGGCUCCUCGCAAAAGACCAGCAGAUCGUCCAGGUAGAUCAUACAGCGGAUGCCCUCUGAUUGGAGACACGACUGAGUCCAACCACAUGGGAAAACACCACGGAGCCGAGCUGAGACCAAACGGGAGGAAUGUGAGUUGGCGAAGAGGUAGCCAUCCUUCAGAUCCACGUGAACCAAUCUCCUGGGCGGAGGAGGUCCUGCAGGAGGUGGAAGCCCUCUACCUUGAAAUGUCGGCAAACGACUAAGGCGUACAGGUUUCCCAGAUUGCACACCGGAUGGAAAUCCCCGGGUGACUUCUCCACAAGAAUAAUGGUGCUUAAGAAUUCCCUGUCGUCCAAAAUCCACCAGACAGGGGACCCUGGAGGGGUGAACCUGCAUCGGCGGGGAUUGAUGUGGGUAUCCUUGUUCGUCUGCGAGUCCGGCUCCCUCCACUGUGGUCCGAUUAAUGUGAGUUGAAACCCGGGGGCGGUAGGACGUGAAGACCCCCUGACUUGGGUUCACGUCCGGUAUGUGUCAUGAACGUGGACACGAUGGGGUCAAAUUCCGGGGACAGGGCAACCUCCCUGGGAUCCUUGAUGUCCUGAUGGCCAGAAGUGGCUGGCAACACAACUCCGCUGUCGUCCAGCUCCGGCAAAACACAGGAGCCUUGUGCGCGGAAGACCCAUUUCUUUGAGGACCGUGUUUUGAUCAAUGCAAUGAACAGGUUCACGUUCUUGUGCAGUUUUGUGAUGAAAGGCUCUCCGAAGCGUAGACCCUUGGCUAGGGGUGCCCAGGUCCUUUUAUCCCAAGUCCAACAGCUUGGUGUCCAUGUGUAAGAGGACUGCUGUCCUAUGCACGGUGCAGAGCGCUGCGUUAGUAUUGCCCAGCCUGCAAAUGGAGUGCAGAGCCCAGUCUCGUAUGGAAGCUGGGUCCAGGGUAGCACCCUUUGAAUAAGUCUCGUCCUCCAUCAUGAGUAUUCCGGGCCAGGAGCCCAGCACUUCCAACGGUCAAACCUAUUGUAACGGAACCGCUGGCACCCCGACCGGGUACCUUCCGCCGACGGAUGCUCCUAGUGCUUUCCGAGGACUCCAAGCACUCUGCCUGACACCAUAACCGCUGCAGACCCCACGAACCGCCGCAGCUUGGUUGGGAUCUCGCCGUCUCCACCCACUCUGGACCCAGGGUCCAGCUUCCAGCAGGUCGACCUCUCUCCGAAUUCCAGAGAGCAGGAACAGGAACAAGCUCUUAGCAGAGCUUAGUGAUUAUACCCUGGGGAGUAUAGUGAUUAUAGCAAUCCCCAGAGUGUAGUUUCUCCAAUCCCCCAAACAUGAGCCGAAACUUCAUGAAGGUACAAGAUGAUCUGACUCCAAUGAGCGUUUAUUACUGCUUAUAUACAAGUUUUCAGGUCAGAGGCACACCCCCUGGACCUGGUGGUAAACUGUGACAAAAGGGACACAAACCAAUGGGAACACUAAUUAACAUGAUAACACUCUCACAUACACAAUGAAAUCCCUCCUCUCCAUCCUGGAGAUAAUUGGCUUAAGGCACUGCAGUAAACUCAAUUAUCUCCAGGUACAGAAAAUAUCUACAUUUAACACUAACAGCAAAAAUACGUAAAAGUACAUAAAAAUACAUAAUUCUUAUUUUAUUACACAGAACCCCCACAUUUAACCUAUCCCCAGAUAGCUCGGAUCUGAGCGCCCAAUCUAGGUGAACAAUAGACAGGAAACGGGGGAGGGGAAGAAACACACCUUCCCAUGGAUUCCAAUGGGAAGAAACUGUCUUUAGAAGCCAAUAAGCCCCAAAUAGUCUUUUUUAAAUGGCAAUACACCCCAGGGCCAUAGUCAUGAGGAAGGAGGCUGGCAAUCAGGCUCCUCCAAAAGCCGGGGGCAAAGGGCAGCUUGUCACCUAACAAUCCAGGGACAAAAGGCAUUUCGUCACACCUAUGCCAGGCUGAGGCAACGUGCAACCCCUUGACUUGGGGUCACGUCCGGUAUGUGUCAUGAAUGUGUACACGAUGGGGUCAAAUUCCAGGGACAGAUCAACCUUAUCCCGUAACCACCGGCCUGGGGCAUUCUGCCCAUAAAUUCUUCCAUACCCCCAGACCAGAGGCCUGCAGACCCAAUAGUGCAUGAACUGUGCCAGGUGAUCGAGUUAAGAUUCAUUUGGGGAUCUGGGCAUCCAAUGGGCCGCUGGCCGAACCGGGGUUCGCCUGUUGCGUCCAAGAAUACAUUGUCCUCCAGCCUAGAGGUGGGUGUUCCUUGCGUAGAAUGACCCUCGAAUUUGCGGGGCCACGUAGUGUUGUCCAGCUCAUCCUCGCCCCACCUGACUUCCCUGGACUGUCUGUCAUCCAUCCAAGAUGGCCAGGGGCGGUAAGGGGUCCUCCUCCCCCUCAUCGGAGAGACGUCUCUAUCUGAUCGACGAGUCUGAGGUCACAGGACCCUGUCAUUGUGCUGGAGUCUUGCCCUUUUGGGAACAAGGUUCAGGGCCUUCACCCUUCCCAUAGUACUUGGGCGCUCUUGUCUGAUGUCUCUUGGGAGAGUCUGAUUCUACGGAGUCAUCUGCCGUGAGCGUGUUCCCCUUAGAGCCCCUAACUUGAGGGGUUCACAGAAGGGCCCUAGCCAGGCAUGGGAUAUGCUUGCAAGGUGAUGCACAGGGACAAAGGCAGAAUAAUAGGGGCAGCACCCCAAAUUUGUGUCCAAGGCAAGAUACAGCGCCCGCAACAUGUAUGCAUACUUAGAUGGGUAGCCAAACCAGGGUCAUCCCAUGGCUGGGGCACAGACAGCGCAGGCCAAUCUUGGGGCACAGACAGCGCAGGCCAAUCUUGGGGCACAGACACUGCAGGCCAAAUGCAUGUGAUGCGCGGGCAUGAUGUAUGAUCCGCUGAAUAUGGCAGAAUAUAUUGUGGGCAAAUGUGGGCACAAUGUCUGUAAAACAAAACAAGACAGACUGUAUUUCAUCUGCCCAGAACAAUGGGUAAAACCAAACUGAUAAGUUAACCACACAGAGAACAAAGUGUUAACUGCAUAAUAGUAUGGUGACAACCUAGCAUACAAUUCCCAGCUCCAUAAUACCCUAUACAUGCGUAUGCUCCAACUAUGGAGCAGAACAAAGAGGGAACAAGGACACGUGGUGUGCAACUCCAUGGCUAAUGCCUCCCGUGUGUAAACGCACGGAGCCAGGAGGUGGACCGGAGUGAAGCCGGGAGCCGUCGCUCCGACGUGGCCGUGUAGUGCUCACUGGCACGGUGGAAAAAAAACCCCCAGCACUAGUUAACCCAAACGCCCGACCGGAGCAAGGGAGGGUACCUAAGGCAGACCGAGAGCUGCUGCUCCCAUGUGGUAGGCCUCUUACACUUUGCCGCACACGGGUCCCAAUACUGGAAGUUAUUUUCCCGCAGCCCGGCGACUGGGAAGGUAGGCGAUGUGAAGAGAGGGGAAAGGCCCAGGUGAUGUGUCCCGAGCAGCAGCACAAGGCCAACUGCUGUGGGACACAACAUGUGGGACCACUGGAGACGUUCUCCGCGGCCCCGGCGUGCGUGCGAUCUUAGGAGGCAGCUAAAUGGCAGUCUCCCCCGACGUCUGCGUAAAAGAAAAGCCCACAGAUGGCGAAAAAUUAAGAGGAGAAGGGAGAGAGAGCCUGGUUAGCACCCAGGCAGUGAAGGCAUUAAAGAAACAUCAGCUAAAGGAAGGCAUAUAGGCAGAAAAUAUACACAGGAUCUCUAACCAAAUAGACACCAAGUAUACACAAAAGAUACCCAAAUAUAAACCAUAUAUAUGAGAGAUACACCCUAAAUAUACAAUAUAUGUAAAUAUAUAUAUGCACAAUAAGUACAAGAAAUAUACACCCUAUAUACACACAAAUAUAUAUAAUUCCAUUAAAUCCCACAGCCACCCACUAAGAGCAGGAGGCAGUGGUACUCUGACCUGUGCUUGAUGGGGAGCAGCAAAGAAAGAGGAAGUAAUUGGUUGGGAGGGGACCUUUAUUGUUUCUUACUUUUUUCUGAUUGGUUAUUUUUUCUGUGUUAAUGUGCUGGUGUGGAGUUCUAGUAAAGAGAGACUUAAACAAAUAUGAAGCCUCCUGUCAUGUUACAAAAUUCAGAAUGGGCCAGAUCGAGGACCGAAAUAAGAGAAAGUGACCUACCCCACUGGUGGACACGAGGUAAGAAAGGCAAACGCUGCCAGGAAGGAUGAGCUUCUUGGCAGGACAACGGUUAGACAAACAUGUCACCCAGAUAAGUGAAACCCGGGUAUAAACCAAAGAGUAGGGAAACAGGAGAGUAUAGGAACAUGGCAAAAAGAAGUACAAAAUGUGCCCAUCCCAGAAAAGACAAGAGGUGCAGAACCAUCCAGCGAUCCAGGUCAAGGGACAGAGACCCAAUAACAAGAGCAUACCAGCGAGCACGUUAGAGGCGCAAGAGAGCAAACCUCAACACCGAAAACACCAAAUAAGUGAAAGGGACAGGCAUACACCAGACGAGCGAGCACGGGCACACCAGACAGUAAAACGAAACGCAGAAUCAUAACAGGCAAUCAUACCCUACGGAGAGUCACUAGAAAAUAGCAAAAUACACGCAGCCGAGUCACACAUACCAGCAAUACAAUGACAACCAACUAUCAGUACAGUAAGUGACAUACCUUAAUAUUGUAACAUGUGCAAGAACUAAGCACCCAUGACACAACCGGAUUGUGAAACGAGAAAACAUAAUGCUCCUGAAACAUACAACAUGCAAAAUCACUUUUUUACAUGUCCGUGAUUUGCAUGAAAGGUUACACUUCCAAAACAGAAGAUAAAUCAUGGGGGAUAACAAUUACACACCAUAAGGGAAUACAUCACAUACACUGAACCAAAGUGUAUACCAUUCCUAGGCUGCAUUACUUAAAGGAUCACUAGAGUCAGGAAAACGGGUUUGUCAUCCUUGGGAGGACCCUCACUGUCAGGGUCCCACUCCCGUGGCGCUGAAGGGGUUAAAACCGCCUUACGCCACUAACCUUUAUCCAGCGCCGUGCUCCCUCUGCGCUGGUCACCUCUCUUCCGCCGCCGACAUACGCUUCCGAGUGGAGCGGAAUGCGCAUGCGCAGCAAGAGCCGCACACGCAUUCUAACAGUCCAUAGGAAAGUAUUUCUUAUUUCUUUCCUGUGGACGUUCUGCACGCUGGAUGCGAAUUUCGCACCUAAGGGAGGUGGCACCCAGACCACUUCAUUGAGCUGAAGUGGUCUGGGUGACUAUAGUGUCCCUUUAACUAACGCCCCAGAGGUCCAACCAAUAAACAGACUGGUGAUGGCAAAACCUACCAGCAGGCAGAAUACCGAGAGUGCUAAAUCCCAUACCAGCUGAGUUCCACGCUAGUGGCAAACACCAUACCAGCAGACUGAGCACCAGAAGAGAGGUAGACCUCCCAGCAAGGGUGCCAGAGGUCAGCCAAGGCAGGUAAUGGACCCAGGGAGCUGCGGGCGACAGCAGUCGGCAUGUGGGGAGUCACAGCUGCAGGCGAGAGGCGCAGCCAAGUACAGGGGGACCAGGCGAGUUGGAAGGGACCCGGGCCCCCAGACCAGAUGGCAUGCCGAGAAGUACCCAGCAGGCAAACACACUGAGUAGAGAGCAGAUCUCAUGGAACAGACAGGCGCUCGGCAGCGGCAGGAGCUCCAUGAGGCGAUGGAACAUGGAAACCACGUGGGAGGUCACAAACCUGAAGAAAAGCGGGCAGCAAGCCAGGAGACUGGACCAAGGAUACAGGUAAGUGGGUGAAAAGAACAGAAACUGUACAUAAACAUUUAUAAAACAUCAUAAUACACAUGCAAUGAGCCCAAUAAAACGAUGUGUUGGAAGAUAGAAUCAAAACGGGAACGAGGCCUCUAGAAUGCCACAGUGGCUAAACAAGCUAAAGGCCGUACAUAAUACAUAGGAAAAGACAGGAGAUAUAAGGCAUACAUUAAAAAGACCUAUACCACCGGGGGCGCCACGAUCACAAACAUGUGAAUAUAUUUACCACAUCAUAGUCAUGAAUAUUCAUGUAAAGAGAUAGAAAGCAGAAAAUAUAUAGUGAAGUAUUUAAUAACAAUUAAAACAAAAUAAUAAAAAGCAAGUACACUCACAAGUAUAGUUGCACAACAAGGACAUAUGUCUUAGUUGUGCUGAAAAGCUUUACAGCCCUUUCCUGGGCUAGAGUCCCUUCUUGUAGCAGGAUCCCAGUAUCCAAAGUUCUAAAGACUUCCAAUGGUAUUUCACUCGGAACUAGAUAUGAUCCAAAAGCUGUAGUGGCACUGGCGAUCUUCCAAUUGCUCGACGCGUUUCGUCUAAUUGACUUUCUCAGGAGCUGUAUGUUUCUUCUUCUUCCGGCUUUUUAAAUAAUUGAGUUCGCGCGGCUUUCAUUAUUGCGCGCAUGCGCAUUACGGUAAAAGCUUUACCGCGCAUGCGCGCACAUCCAGCCUGGAACGCAAACAACUUUAUUGAUAUUCUGUGCCAAUGAACACAUUUCCGUACUUGACCACCUGGUCUUACGGAAUGAAAUGUGGGCACUUAAACCUCAUUUAUAUCAGUAAUAUACAAUUCAUCUAGUGCUAAAAACAUGUUAUGCAUACACUUUAUACUGAAUUAAAAACAUUAGAAAUAAAUUACAUAUUUCAUCUUUAGAAUUGCUAAAAAUCUACAACUGAGAAUAGAAGAUUUACAAGAGAUUAAAAAUAAUGAUUAGACAUACUAUGGAGGGAUAAAAGAGACAUAAUGUUACAUUUUAUACAAUAUUAUGUAUACAAAAGUGUUUUUCUUUUUCUUUAUCUAUAUAUAGCAAGCUAUAGAGAUGGUCAUUUCGAGCUUAAUAAAAACAAUAUGCAAUAAUGAACAUUUUUAUUUUAGUUUAACUGAGGGACAUGGCGAAAACGUCAAAAUCUUUUAAAAUUACCAUAAAAAAUAAUGAUAAUAAUUACUAAAAAAUAUAUAAAAUUCAAUAAAACUUCUAUGGAAACAACAAAAAAUUACCAAAAAUUUAUAAUAUUAUAAUAUUAAAAAAUAAAUGGAAAGGAGCUUUCCAAAGGUCCUAAAAUACUAUAGAAUUCAAUCCAUAAACACUAAUAAAUCCAGAUCCACAUUUAGACCUCUUGGAGAAGUGGUUUUAAGUUUGUGAAUCCAUUCUGUUUCUUUCAUAGCUAGCGCUUUUUCCGUAUCACCCCUUCUCCAAUGGGGGAUUAUCGUAUCAAUACCUAUACAUCUAAAAUCUUGGAAGCUAAAAUGAGUACAAUUUAUACAAUGUUUGGGAACACUAUGUUUUAUGUUCCCUCUUUUUAUACCAUUAAAAUGCUCCAGGAUUCUAAUGUGUAGUUUUCUUAUUGUACGACCUACGUAUUGUAUACCACAUUUACAUUCAAGAAGAUAAAUUACAUUUUUCGUUUGGCAACUUAUAAAAUUCUUUAUUUUAAAAACUUCUUUAGUGGCACUACAUGUAAAUUCUGUUGUCUUCUGUUUUUGGAAUCUGCAUGUGCUACACUGUCCACAUUUAAAAAAACCUUUUGGUUUUUCUUUAAGAAAAUUAUUAACUUUAUUACCAGAAGUAAUUUCUUCUUUCAUGGUUUUGAUGCGAGGUAAAGCGCUUGGAGCUAAAAUAGAUUUAAAAUUCUGGGUCUUUUUAUAAAUGAUCUGGGGUUUUUUUGGUAAAAUGUUCUUUAAAAAUUGGUCUUGUUUUAAAAUAGGCCAGAAUUUCUUAAUAGUUUUCUCUACCAGAUGUGCUUUAUUGUUAUAUCUAGUUAGAAAGGAGAUGCUAUAAUCUUUCUUAUUUUUCUUAUGGGUCUUCCUAUUUUUUAAAAGCAUUGUUCUAUCUUUAUUUUCUAUCUGUUUUUCUGAAUUAGCCAAUAGUUGUGAUGGAUAAUGUCUUUUCUCAAAUUUCUUAUUCAGCAUUGUAACUUGUUCUUUAAAGUCACUCUUAUUGGUACAGUUUCUAAGGAGUCUUGUUUGUUGUCCCUUCGGUAUAUUAUUAAGCCAAUUCGGAUGGUGACAGCUUGAAUAUUCUAUGAAGCUAUUCCCAUCCGUUGGCUUGAAAAAGGUUUUAUUACAAACAACUCCUGAUGAUAUAAAAAAAGAAAGAUCUAAAAAGUUAAUACUUUCCAACUGAAUUUCUGCCGUAAAACGUAAUCCAUAUGUAUUGUUGUUAAUAUAUAAUAAAAAUUCUUCUAAAAGUGGCCUUUCUCCUUCCCAGAUAAUAAGGACGUCGUCGAUAUAUCUUCUCCAGAGCACCAGGUUCGCACUAUAUGGGUUAUUAUUCCAAACAUUCUUCGCUUCCCAAUCUGCCACAAAAAUGUUGGCAUAACUGGGUGCGAACCUGGUGCCCAUUGCUGUUCCACACGUUUGGAGGUAAUAUGUACCUUCAAACCAAAAGAAAUUGUGAAAAAGGAUAAAACGAAUAAUGUCUAAAAUCAAAGUGGCUUGUGCUUUGUGCAUAUUUACAUCCUUUCCCAAAAUUUCUUUGAUAGCCUUAAUCCCUUUCUCAUGAUCAAUCGACGUAUACAAAGAUACAACGUCUACCGUGGCCCAAAUAUAAUUAUCUUUCUACGUCAGGCCUUCUAUAUCUAUAAUGAUUUGAUUCGAAUCUUUAAUGUAUGAGGGAGCUAUUGGAACGUAUUUCUGUAAAAAAUGGUCUACGUAUUCCGAAACGUUACUGGUCAAAGAGCCAAUGCCACUAAUUAUUGGCCUCCCCGGAGGGUUAAUAAGUGAUUUGUGAAUUUUUGGCAAAUAAUAAAAUAUAGCCAUUUUAGGAAAUUUAAUAAAAAGAUAUUCAAAUUCGUCCUUUUUAAUAAUAUUUUUACUAAGACUUUCUGACAACAAUUUAAAAAGUUCUUUUUUAUAUGUUUCCAUAGGGUUAGAUUUUAAAAUAGUAUAUGUAUCUUUAUCAUUUAAAAUCCUGUGUGACUCCUUCAGAUAGUCAUCACGAUUCAAAAUAACUGUACCUCCUCCUUUAUCCGCCUGUUUUAUAACGAGUUCAUGGUUAUCUUUAAGUUGUUUUAACGCAUUUUUUUCUUUUUUAGUGAGGUUCUCCUUUCCAUUAUUUUUUGUUAUUGUUUCAAAUUCAUUUAGAACCAUAUCACUAAAAACCGGGAUAAAAUCUCCCUUUUCCCACGUUGGGAAAAACUUGGAUUUGUGUUUUAAACCUGAAUAUAGAAUUUGUGGAGAUACAGAUUCUAUAUUUUCUUUCUCUGUGUUAUCGCCAUAUCCCUCAGUCUCUCCUUUCUUUUUUUCAAAAAAACGUUUAAUAGUUAGUUUUCUCAAAAAUUUCUGAGGGUCUAUAAAUAAUUCAAAUUGAUUUGGACCUUUCUGUGGAGCGAAUUUUAGUCCUUUGUCUAAAAUGCUAGCUUCAGCUUUAUUCAAUUUAUAUUUGGAAAGAUUAAAAAUGCCUUCUGGACUAUCAAUGUUUUUGUUAUUUUCUAACUCUUUCAAUAGUCUGACGUCUCUCCCUCUUCCACUUCCCCUAAUCCUCCUACGGCUCCUAGGAGUUUUCUCUUUUUGGGUGGGGUUUGGGCUAAACUGAGGGGAGUAAAUCUGUUCCUUUGAUGCCAGUAAUUCUUUAUAGGACUUCUCAGAACUUGAUUCCUUUGUCCUCUUCCUAAAAAAUCUUUCUGUGUGAUUCUUGAACUAUCUUUAGUCCUAUCUAUUUCCAUAAAUUUUGGUUUAUCUUUUCUCCUGACUAUAGGAUUUUCAUAUUUUGCUCUCCCUGAUUUAAUCGGGGUGUUCCACUGAACUCUAGGAGGUUUCUCAGUCUUUCUUCUAUCAUCGUUCUUAUAAGUAUGUCUCUCUAUAUUAGGAUAAGUCACUCUAUAAUUUGAUCUAGAAUUUUUAAAGGGUUUCUUUUUCCACUCUCUUUGUUUACCACUUUUGUAGUCUUCUUUGUCUCUAUUUAAUUUCCCUUCCUUCAUUGUUAAAAUCUUCUCUUCUAGUUUUUCUAUUUUGUUAUUCAAUUCUACACUGUGUUGUUGUAUUUUCUCUUCAGUAUAUUCAUUACUAAUUUCCGUUUCAAUAUUUUUUAUCUCUUUUUCUACUUCAUUUAUUUCACUCUGUUGGAAUUCUACCAACAGGUUCAUCAGUUUCAGGGAACAUUUCUCUAAAGUAUCGUUCCACUUAGUCAUGAAACUUUCAUUUUCUAAUCCGAAGGCUGGUUGUUUCUCAAUUCUCAAGCCUCUCGGAGUUAUUCCUAACUUUAUAUAUUGCUGUAAAUAUUUUAUUUCCCACCAUUUUUUUACCUCUUUUUCUGCAAGUCUUUCUAAAUUUAGAAAUAAAAAACUUUUUUCUAUGGUGGGACUUAUAUCUUUCUUAGAAAAUAGGUUUUCAAACCUCUUAUUUCUUGCCUCCCUCAUAGAGGUAGUCAUUAAUCUACAAUAAGCCAUUUGUUCAGAUCAAUAUAGCAAUAUAUACAAUCACACGUGCACUUUAAAUACCCACUACCUUGGAGUGAACCACUAAUAUAUACCAAAGGUGUAUAUCAGAACAUAAAUCUAAAAGAGGGGCAGUAAGUGGGAAAAAGUGCAAAAUUCCAGUGCAGGCUAAUCACCCCAAAAUAGGGAUUUACAUGUAGUGCCACUAAAGAAGUUUUUAAAAUAAAGAAUUUUAUAAGUUGCCAAACGAAAAAUGUAAUUUAUCUUCUUGAAUGUAAAUGUGGUAUACAAUACGUAGGUCGUACAAUAAGAAAACUACACAUUAGAAUCCUGGAGCAUUUUAAUGGUAUAAAAAGAGGGAACAUAAAACAUAGUGUUCCCAAACAUUGUAUAAAUUGUACUCAUUUUAGCUUCCAAGAUUUUAGAUGUAUAGGUAUUGAUACGAUAAUCCCCCAUUGGAGAAGGGGUGAUACGGAAAAAGCGCUAGCUAUGAAAGAAACAGAAUGGAUUCACAAACUUAAAACCACUUCUCCAAGAGGUCUAAAUGUGGAUCUGGAUUUAUUAGUGUUUAUGGAUUGAAUUCUAUAGUAUUUUAGGACCUUUGGAAAGCUCCUUUCCAUUUAUUUUUUAAUAUUAUAAUAUUAUAAAUUUUUGGUAAUUUUUUGUUGUUUCCAUAGAAGUUUUAUUGAAUUUUAUAUAUUUUUUAGUAAUUAUUAUCAUUAUUUUUUAUGGUAAUUUUAAAAGAUUUUGACGUUUUCGCCAUGUCCCUCAGUUAAACUAAAAUAAAAAUGUUCAUUAUUGCAUAUUGUUUUUAUUAAGCUCGAAAUGACCAUCUCUAUAGCUUGCUAUAUAUAGAUAAAGAAAAAGAAAAACACUUUUGUAUACAUAAUAUUGUAUAAAAUGUAACAUUAUGUCUCUUUUAUCCCUCCAUAGUAUGUCUAAUCAUUAUUUUUAAUCUCUUGUAAAUCUUCUAUUCUCAGUUGUAGAUUUUUAGCAAUUCUAAAGAUGAAAUAUGUAAUUUAUUUCUAAUGUUUUUAAUUCAGUAUAAAGUGUAUGCAUAACAUGUUUUUAGCACUAGAUGAAUUGUAUAUUACUGAUAUAAAUGAGGUUUAAGUGCCCACAUUUCAUUCCGUAAGACCAGGUGGUCAAGUACGGAAAUGUGUUCAUUGGCACAGAAUAUCAAUAAAGUUGUUUGCGUUCCAGGCUGGAUGUGCGCGCAUGCGCGGUAAAGCUCUUACCGUAAUGCGCAUGCGCGCAAUAAUGAAAGCCGCGCGAACUCAAUUAUUUAAAAAGCCGGAAGAAGAAGAAACAUACAGCUCCUGAGAAAGUCAAUUAGACGAAACGUGUCGAGCAAUUGGAAGAUCGCCAGUGCCCCUACAGCUUUUGGAUCAUAUCUAGUUCCGAGUGAAAUACCAUUGGAAGUCUUUAGAACUUUGGAUACUGGGAUCCUGCUACAAGAAGGGACUCUAGCCCAGGAAAGGGCUGUAAAGCUUUUCAGCACAACUAAGACAUAUGUCCUUGUUGUGCAACUAUACUUGUGAGUGUACUUGCUUUUUAUUAUUUUGUUUUAAUUGUUAUUAAAUACUUCACUAUAUAUUUUCUGCUUUCUAUCUCUUUACAUGAAUAUUCAUGACUAUGAUGUGGUAAAUAUAUUCACAUGUUUGUGAUCGUGGCGCCCCCGGUGGUAUACGUUUAACUAUACUAUUUUUUUGGUAUUGUAACUGGGACUGGGAGUGAUCCCUAUUUUGGGGUGAUUAGCCUGCACUGGAAUUUUGCACUUUUUCCCACUUUCUGCCCCUCUUUUAGAUUAAAAAGACCUACACCUGGAAUGCUUAGGAGGAUGAUAACUACGUAUGCAUACACUGCUGGCAUAGAAGAUUAGAGUUGAAAGCAACAGGAAAUGCUAAAAUAAAGCUAGAAUCUCUCAGUAAUAUUCGCAUCAGAUAUAAAUCGACAUUGCUUAAACUGAACAUGACUGAAUGAUGUUCCCAAUACAUGUAGACCAUAUAAAGAAAGUCUGGGUGGUGUUAGAAAGUGAGGGAAUGCAAAAGCAGCAAACGAGAACUGCAGGCUUAGCUAGCUGUUUUAGAUUAUACCCCAAUGAAAAUUACAUAAUUAAAUGCAUGCAAGCUAUUCCUUUGGGCAUAUUUUACCAAACAAUAUUUGCCCAAUGAGUACCUGACUACCCAGAGGGCAGCCAAACAUCAAAAUGUAGGGUGACUAACUGAAAUGCAUAUGAUACAGUUUUAUGAAUUUGAGGUCAUUUAGUAAGAAGAUUUAAGACAUUUAGAAGAUAUUCCUCUGUACAGAAAUGAAAGGGACACUCCAGGCACCCAGACCACUUCUGCCCAUUGGAGUGGUCUGGGUGCCAAUUCCCACUACCCUUAACCUUUUCAUAAACUGCAAUAUUUACCUUGAAGGGUUAAGUCCUCCUCUAGUUCAUAGAACACGAAAAGUGUGUUAUACAACGCUGGACGUCCUCACGCUGUGAGGACCUCCAGCGUUGCCGAAAUCCCCAUAGGAGAGCAAUGAAAAGCAUUAUUCAAUGCUUUCCUAUGGGGAGGAAAACAAAUGGAGAAGGGCUGCGCCACAGAAAGAGGUACUAAAAUAGAAUGAAAUAUAUUCCCAAUAAAAUACGAUAAACAGAAUAAAAAUAGUCUCUAGGUAAAAUAAAUAAAUAGGUAAGUCCAGCUUUGGUAUCUUGGUUCUUUAUACUUGAGGAAUGUGAAGGGUCUGGGUCUUCUCAGUCUCCGUAUGUGGAAAAAGAAAAGACAGAGCGACCUGUAAUAUAAUACAGGUAAAUAAACCCUAGUCACAUGCUUUGGCUUUAAACAGCCGAUACAAGUUAUAUAAUGCUUGUUUUUAAAAUUAAAUAUGAUGCCCAUGGUCCCCAAGUCUCCUGCUAUCCACCCACACCAUUAUAUUUUGAAUUUUUAAUGUACAAAAUUUCGAUGUGUGCUGAUUGGUGGACAGCCUAUGAUGCAAUUUCGGCGCCAAUUUUUAACUAUCCUCUCCCCUAUAUAAACCCUUUUUGACAGGUUGACUGUUAUUAAUCCAUUUGACAAAGCCCACACGGUGAAACGCGUUAUGGAUAUUUAUUUCAAAACUUUUUAUAUUGAAUAAAGGAUUUUUGGUUUUAUUACAAACUACUACCUCCUUAUUUCAAUAAUUUACUCAAUCUGAGUUUUUUUAUCUCUCCCUGGCAUUUUUUCAUUUUAUUUAUUUUUAACCUGAAGAGCGGUUAUCUACUUAACUCUCAAGAACAUCCUAGGUGGGGAUCAUACCACUAACGCUGUCAUCACUGAGCAGUAAGUCUGCUCCAUACUUGUAAGUAAUAUUCUGUUCAGUUUUAUUUACCUGUAUUAUAUUACAGAGAGCACUAUCUGUGGCUAUCUCUUCUGCUUCGAGUAUCUAGAUUACCAUCUCCUGUGACUACGACCAUCAUAUCCCAUAAGUGGGGAUUAUACCACUGUAUGCGAUAUCCACUAGAGCUGGUCAUAGCUCUUGUUCAUGUGAGUGCAAUAUUUUUAUCUAAGUGUUGUCCGUCUAGCCCAGACAUAUUGCACUAUCAGGUCGCUCUGUCUUUUCUUUUUCCACAUACGGAGACUGAGAAGACCCUCACCCUUCACAUCCCUCAAGUAUAAAGAACCAAGAUACCAAAGCUGGACUUACCUAUUUAUCUAUUUAUUUAUUUUACCUAGAGACUAUUUUUAUUCUGUUUAUCGUAUUUUAUUGGGAAUAUAUUUCAUUCUAUUUUAGUACCUCUUUCUGUGGCGCAGCCUUUCACCAUUUGUUUUCUUUUCGGUUAUUUUGAAGGGUUCAGAGGGAUCCCCUUCUUAGGGUUGCUGCCUUAUUUUACCUUUUAUUUAGCGCUGACCCUUUCUGUUUUUUCCUAUAGGGAGGUCUCAUGCGCGUGCACGGCAUUGCCGCACAUUAGGUCUCCCCCAGCCGCCGGCCGCGCAUGCUCAAUAGGUCUCUCCCACCAGCUGAUGGCGGGGGAGGAGCGUAGGCGGAGCCUGAGCCAGCGCUGAGGGACAUCGGCGCUGGAUACAGAUAAGUUACUGAAGGGGUUUUAAUCACUUCAGCAACAUGGGAUGGUUGGUGGGAGGGAGAGGGGACCUGCAGUGACAGGAAAACAGAUUGUUUUCCUGGCACUGGAGAGUCCCUUUAAGGAAAUUUACAUUUAUGUGUAUAGAGAAUGUAUACACAAGUUUAAAUUUUAUUUCCUUUACUAUAUGUAUAGGUCUAGGUUUGGGCCUGACAUAAAUUUAGACAGUUAGUUGAAACACCCAGCCACAUAAUUACUAAACAAUGAAGGCUCAAAAAGUGCAUGAAUACCCAGGACAGACAAAAAAAAACCUUUAAAAUGUUGAGAUAGCAACAUUAAAUUGUGGGGUGACUUAACUAAAAUGCAUAUGAUAAAAGUCGAUAUGGCCUAGUGUGGGCCAAUACAGUAAGCAGAAUGAGGCAUCGCGUGUGUGUGUAAUAAAUAUAUAUAUAUAUAUACACACACGCGCGAUGCCUCAUUCUGCGGCAAUGCCGUGCACGCGCAUGAGACCUCCCUAUAUAUAUAAUACACACACACACACUUUUAUUUCCUAUAUAGGUAUAUAUUAUAAUUAAAGCAUUUUAUAAUAUAUUAUACAUAUAUGAUUUCAUUAGAAGUGUAUUUUGAGAUAUAUGUUUAUAUAUAUCUCAAAGUAUGAGUAGAGAGGGACUAGCUCUUGACCCAGAAGUAUGGUUGGAGAAUAAAUUAAAACUUAAUACUCUUUGUCUAAAUACUAUAUUAAAAGUUAAGUGGAUACAAUCUUUGGCAUUGCCACUAGAUGGAGACAAUGCUUAACCAUGCUAAAAAAUAGCAUCAAAGAAAAAGAUACUUAUUGAUCUAUUCACAAUAUAUACAGCGUUUGAAAAAGGGUAAAAAAAUAAAUAUAAAUAUAUACAAACUACUUUUUAAACUACAUUUCCCAUCAGACCUUGCGGCCGGUAAGCACAGCCGUGCACGUGACCCUAGUCACAUGCUUCGGCUUUAAACAGCCGAUACAAGUUAUAUAAUGCUUGUUUUUAAAAUUAAAUAUGAUGCCCAUGGUCCCUAUAUAAAAGCGAGGGCUUGCACUCCUCCUGGUGUAAUCCUGUGGUGCCUGGUGCUGGUCUGGCAAGGAUCAUGUAGACAUAGCAGAAAUGACUGCACUCCAAGGAUUUUAUAGAGAUUUUCAAAUAAAAUUUAACUUUUUUAUUCAAUCUAUUUAAAAAGUCGACGUUUCAGCUCCCACAUGGAGCUUUCAUCAGGACAAAACAUAACUUACAAGUGCAGACACAAAGAUAUAUAUACCCCCAAACCCUCAAAAUAAUUUACCUUAAUUGUGUACUCACCUAGCCAUGAGACAGCUUGCCCUGCAUUAGAGAGUAAUGUAUCUCUGAGUGUGGUGGCCAUGUGUGCAAGGCCCAGAAAAAGGGCGGGGCUACAGGUUACUUAGUAACAAUCCAACUGGACUGAUUGUCGCUACUAGGCCACAAGGUGGAAAGCAAUCAUAACUGAGCUCAGGGUAAAGUAUGAGAGGAUACAGAGUCUAGAAUGUUUCAAAAAUUAAUCUGUCUGUGUUCAUAUAUUUUAAACAUUAUAACAUGGUGUUUACAUGGUGUGUUCAAUAAAAACAUGGCAACAUUUCAUUCUUUGUGUGUUAUUAGUUUAAGCAGACUGUGAUUGUCUAUUGUUGUGACUUAGAUGAUGAUCAGAUUACAUUUUAUGACCAAUUUGUGCAGAAAUCCAUAUCAUUCCAAAGGGUUCACAUACUUUUUCUUGCAACUGUAUAUAAAGCAAAAAAAAUCAGACUCACAACAAUACCUCACACCGUGGAUGAAUUGAUACAGUAAUGAUCAGUCACAGGAGAGGUAUAAACCAAUGACACUACUAGGCAAAGGCAAGAAGAAUCAUAUACAGAUUAGUUAAGGAAAGAAAAAAGAGACAUCGGUAUGAACCGUAGAAUUUGUGGCAACUCCUAAAUUAUAAGUAGGCCAAUCAAAGAAACAUAUUGUAAAUAGUACAGAUGAUGCCAAACAAUAUAAUCAAAUUUAUUAGAGACAGUUGUGUAACAUAAGUAGGAGAUAUGUAAUCGGCAGGAUACUGAUGAGAAGGUGGUAACCAGAGGCACAUGAUCCAUUGUGGCAAACGACACAUAAUAAGAAGGAUAGUAGAAGAUAUUCACUUAUCCUUAUGAAAACAAACAACCGCAUACUUACUCUUACCUUAUCUUCAGAUAGUGAUGAAAUACUUAUGGCAGAGCCUAUGGCAAUAAUAAGCAGUUUGUAUUAUCUGCAAGAUAUCAACACCAAUACAAGUAUAUAAUCCACAAGUAUUAAAUCAUGUUAUGAGUGACCAUAACUUAUACCGAUCUAGGUACAGAGACCAUGAAAAACAUAUUAGUUAAAUGUUUGUCAUCAACAAGUUGCAUUACAUUAUAUUAUGUAGGGUGAAUCAACCACUUAAAGCCACACAUCGGUUGCAAAUUCCAGAUAUAAGGACCACUAGAAGAAUCCUCAUGAAUAUCAGAAGAGAGGACCGUAAUGGAGUUACCUGUUAAGGGAUUUCCUCUCUUGUUCUGUUAGCAGGUGAAUUUUACCUGAAAUAGUAAACCUGGUAGAAUGGCCUGGGGACUAGAAAGACCUACCAGUGUCAAUUAAAAUACUUGCAAUACAAAGUAUCGAAAACUUACCUGGAUCAUAUGAGCCUAAAAAAAUACCUUUAAUUGCAGAAAGGAAAUUAUAAUAUUCCCCUUCACAACAGGGGAAUCUUGUCAGAAAUUUCUGAACAUUAAUUCCUUAAGAAACAAAAGCAUGCCACCCCUGACAUAUCCUAAAGGGAUUGCCAAACUCUCAGGUCCCCAAGGGAUAAAAGAGAAUACUGCAUAUAAAAAUUAGUACAUUCUCCAAAUUAUAAAGAUUAUGCUUUGAGGAAAUGUACUCCGUUCUAAAGAAUAUGUUAAACCAAUUCCAGAGAAUUGAGCUAAAAACUGAAUAAAAAGCACAAACCAGACCAGAAGUAGUGAAUUCUUCAGAGUAGAAGUUUGUGGAAAAAUAAAAUGAUACUAAAGUUAAGACCAGGAGAGAAACAAGCCAAUACGAACAGCUUUUAAAUCAGGUAAUGGCUUCAGAGUUACCUACUUAUGAGUAUGAUUAAUAGCCCAAUUUGUGCUCCUGCAACCAGCAUGAUCUACUAAGCUGUGCAUCAGUAACGGCAUAUAUCUGAAGGUUAAACAAUGCUACCAAAAUUGAAAAAACCAUUCCCUAUCUUGAUAAGAGAGGAGAGGAUACCUGGCAAUAGAAAAACUUUUGAGAAAUGGUCUCAUGUAUAAAUACAUAGGAGUGCACACAGAAAGGCCUUAAUUUUGUUAAACAGUACCAUGCUCCAUUUUGGAAAUUCAGGUCUCCUUCUCUCCUGGGAGAGGCACUCCGACAGGUUCAGAAACACCUGCAAUCCAUCUGAAGUGGUAAAAUGUGUUUAAUUGCUUAUCCUGAAACACCUGAGGGAGAAGGAAUCUAAUUCAAAGCCAAAAGCAGUAUGUGUCCUUAUCUACUUCAUUUAAAAACUGAAAUAGAAAAUCCACAGUAGGCACUAGUUACUUACCUAGUGCAACAGUGCAUUUGCUAGAAUCGGGCAGUAUUAAAUUUCAGUGCAAAACAGACCUUAGAUCAUUUGUAUAUAUUAAAUCUACCAAGGCUGUGAAUAAAUUGGGAUUAUAUAAUAAUACUAACCUGCAUACAGAUUAUAUGAAUCACAUACAUUGUGCAUGUUUCUUAACAGCACCUUAUGCACCGAUAUAUCAGUUACAUAUACUGAGUCUGUUUAAACAGUAAUCAUACAUAGCCUACCUCUGCUAUAUACAGUGACACUAUGCCUGUACACAUAUUAAGAUUAUAUAAGGUGGGUUUAUAUAGGCCUUAAAUCCCUCCCACAUCUUCAGACAUAUGCCUUCUAUAUAUCAUAUAUAGCAUACUUAUACUGAGGCGGUGUACUCACAGUAACUCCUAUGUAGACUAUAUAGCGGAUACAUAUACUGAGGCGUAUCCUCCUAGUAAGUCUUACAUAGAGCAUAUAGUGGAUACAUAUACUGAGGCCAUGUCCUUAUAUUAACCCAUACAUGGAUCAUAUACUGGACACACUCUGUUCAUACGUUCAUAAAGUGAAAACAUACCGAUGCUGUACCACCACCAGAUUAUGUAUGGAUACUGAGGCCCCGUGGUCUCAUAUGCAGCAUAUUCUUCCACUCUCUGGAAAAGCCUGCUUAUGUGCGACAAUGCACAGAUAACAGCAAUCAAUGCCACAUAUCUUGAUAGGAACAAGUGUGUGUGUGGACUUAGAUUUAGGUUUUUUAAAACCUAUUAUAUACAUGUGAGUACUUCAAUCAGUCACCCAGGAAAGUUCUCUUACCUUGGAUAUUUCUUCAGGACUGUGAAAUUCUGGCAGACUUUAUGCAGCCAGGAUAUCCAUUAUUAGCACUCCUUUUCACAAUGCCUCAUUGCAUUAUCAGCACUCUUUUGCACCAAGCAUCCUUUCAUGUAUAAACUUACCUAAAUGUUCACCACACAAACCUCCUAAAUGUGACCUAUUUGUUAGAAGGAAGCCUAAUGUAAGCAGCUGGGAGGGACUGAAAGAUUUAGUCGCUGUUACUGAGACAUGGUAUAAUGAGAAAAAUGACUGGGACAUAGCAAUACCAGGGUACUCUUUAUAUAGAAAAGACAGGGAAGGCAAGAAAGGGGGAGGGGUGGCCCUGUAUGUGAAGGAUAUCAUAAAAUCUAGCAUAAUAAAAGUUAAUGAGGCGAACAUAGAGUCCGUUUGGGUUACGUUAGAAUUAGGUUAUCACCCAGUAACUCGUGUAGGUGUGAUUUAUAGGCCCCCAAAUUUGAAGAGUUAGAUAAUCUACUAGUUGAGGAAAUAGCUAAAAUGACAAUGAAGGGGGAAGUUAUCAUCAUGGGUGACUUUAAUCUUCCUGAUGUGAAUUGGAAAACAAAAAUAGCUGCUUGUGCCAGGAGCACACAUAUUCUAAACUCCCUACUGAGCUUAGUGGUGUACUAGCAAAACCAUUAACAUAUUUAUUUAGCCAAUCAUUGUUAACAGCAGUAGUCCCAGAAGAUUGGAAGUUAGCGAAUGUUGUGCCCAUUCACAAGAAAGGUAAUAGGGAGGAGAUGGGCAACUAUAGGCCAGUAAGCCUUACUUCACUAGUGGGAAAAGUGAUGGAAGCCAUGUUAAAAGGAUAGGAUUGUUGAACAUCUAAAAACACAUGGAUUUCAAGAUCAGAGACAACAUGGGUUUACUUCAGGGAGAUCAUGCCAAACUAAUCUUAUUGAUUUUUUUGAUUGGGUAACUAAAAUUAUAGAUCAGGGUGGUGCAGUAGACAUUGCUUACCUAGAUUUCAGUAAGGCUUUUGACACUGUUGCACAUAGAAGGCUUAUCAAUAAACUGCAAUAUUUAAGUUUGGAUUCCAAUAUUGUUGAAUGGGUAAGGCAGUGGCUGAGUGACAGGCAACAGAGGGUUGUAGUCAAUGGAGUAUAUUCAAAGCUUGGGCUUGUCACCAGUGGGGUACCUCAGGGAUCUGUACUUGGACCCAUUCUCUUUAAUAUUUUUAUUAGUGAUAUUGCAGAAGGUCUUGAUGGUAAGGUAUGUCUUUUUGCUGAUGAUACUAAGAUAUGUAACAGGGUUGAUGUUCCAGGAGGGAUAAGCCAAAUGGCAAAUGAUUUAGGUAAACUAGAAAAAUGGUCAGAAUUGUGGCAACUGACAUUUAAUGUGGAUAAGUGCAAGAUAAUGCAUCUUGGACGUAAAAACCCAAGGGCAGAGUACAGAAUAUUUAAUAGAGUUCUAACCUCAACAUAUGAGGAAAGGGAUUUAGGGGUGAUUAUUUCUGAUGACUUAAAGGUAGGCAGACAAUGUAAUAGAGCAGCAGGAAAUGCUAGCAGAAUGCUUGAUUGUAUAGGGAGAGGUAUUAGCAGUAGAAAGAGGGAAGUGCUCAUGCCAUUGUACAGAACACUGGUGAGACCUCACUUGGAGUAUUGUACACAGUACUGGAGACCGUAUCUUCAGAAGGAUAUUGAUACCUUAGAGAGUUCAGAGAAGGGCUACUAAACUGGUUCAUGGAUUGCAGGAUAAAACUUACCAGGAAAGGUUAAAGGAUCUUAACAUGUAUAGCUUGGAGGAAAGACGAGACAGGGGGGAUAUGAUAGAAACAUUUAAAUAUAUAAAGGGAAUCAACACAGUAAAGGAGGAGAUUAUAUUUAAAAGAAGAAAAACUACCACAACAAGAGGACAUAGUCUUAAAUUAGAGGGACAAAGGUUUAAAAAUAUCAGGAAGUAUUACUUUACUGAGAAGGUAGUGGAUGCAUGGAAUAGCCUUCCAGCUGAAGUGGUAGAGGUUAACACGGUCAAGGAGUUUAAGCAUGCAUGAGAUAGGCAUAAGGCUUUCCUAACUAUAAGAUAAGGCCAGGGACUAAUGAAAGUAUUUAGAAAAUUGGGCAGACUAGAUGGGCCAAAUGGUUCUUAUCUGCCGUCACAUUCUAUGUUUCUAUGAAAGAACAGAGACCCAGGUGCCUAUACUAGUUUUAAUCUAAAUUACUAAUGCACUUACCUGAACAGCUGCAGGCCUGUGUUCCAGCAGCAAAAUGGGAAAUUGAACUACUGACAGCCUAAACUGUUUUUAACUAUAGGCUUCCAUCUGUACCCCAUAUGCCGUCCAUCAUCACUAGUGGAAGGUUUAACCAACCCCAUACAAGGUGGACCACAUAGAAAAGGAAUACCCAGGUAGUCACCUCAUGGAAGUGCUGUUUCCUGGGUCUUCAGGGAUAAGAGGCUCAACCCUGGCCUGGCUUCCUGUAGGCAGUAUGUCACAUUCAUCCCCUGAGUGGGUACCCAAGCUGGCCUGUUGCUGGGUCUUCAGGGAUAAGAGGCUGAACCCUGGCAUGCAGUGGACCAUUUUCAUCCCUUAAGGGAGAUGUUGGGUCCGACCCCCGGUCACUAAAGGGGUUACCCAGGUUUGCAGUAUUAGCGUUGCUGGGUCUUCAGGGCUUAUAGGCUGAACCCCGGCAUGGCUACAAAAAUAUUGCCUGGUGAGCAUAAAAGAAAAUCUAGGCCUGCAUAAGCAGAACUCCUUCCAAACUGCUGUGAAGGACAGGAAAAAAGACUGCCUGAUGGGAAGGGGGGAGGAUCUAUUUAUACCUGUUUCAGAGUUCUAUUUCCUGUCCUUUCUGUGAGGGAAGGAGCUAACCCAUGAGUAAAUGCUGCCAUGAAUAAAUUAUCAGAAAAAGAAAAUUACGGUUAGUAUGAAGCAAAUUUUCCUUUAUUAAAUGUGUUUUUUAGAUCCGAACCAUGAGAUAUGCCCACCCUAUUUGCUAUAAGCAUAGAGAGUUUAAGAGUAGACUUGUAGACAAGCUCUUUCCUCAGUUACAAAGGAACAGAUACACCCUUUCAGUGCUGCAUUGGAUGAACUGCUCCAACACUCAAAGAGUGAAUUCGCAGUAUGAUAACAGAUUUUGGGUUCCUGAUGGCCCUUCCAGCCUGUUAUACUGUUUAAAAUAUAUGAACACAGACAGAUUAAUUUUUGAAACAUUCUAGACUCUGUAUCCUCUCAUACUUUACCCUGAGCUCAGUUAUGAUUGCUUUCCACCUUGUGGCCUAGUAGCGACAAUCAGUCCAGUUGGAUUGUUACUAAGUAACCUGUAGCCCUGCCCCUUUUCUUGGCCUUGCACACAUGGCCACCACACUCAGAGAUACAUUACUCUCUAAUGCAGGGCAAGCUGUCGCAUGGCUAGGUGAGUACACAAUUAAGGUAAAUUAUUUUGAGGGUUUGGGGGUAUAUAUGUCUUUGUGUCUGCACUUGUAAGUUAUGUUUUGUUCUGAUGAAAGCUCCAUGUGGGAGCUGAAACGUUGACUUUUUAAAUGGAUUGAAUAAAAAAGUUAAAUUUUAUUUGAAAAUCUCUAUAAAGUCCUUGGAGUGCGGUCAUUUCUACUAUGUGUGUGUAUAUAUAUACAUAUAAUGUUCACUCUGGGAUGUGUUUAAAUAGAUAAUAACAAGCUGUAUUCAAUGCAUUGUUCUAUAAUUAAUCAAAUUAGCAAUCUGUAAAAGUUUGUCACUAAAAUGCAACAUGGUAACAUCAUGUUUGCAAUGUGAUGCCUGGGGAACCCCUCUGCAAUGUGGAAAUGCAAGCAGUACAGCGGCUAUUGAAACAGUGAGCGGUGAAGUCCUAGAAAGGACUGUUGGUGUAGAGUAAACGAUGUUGGUAAUGGAGAUGGUGAAAAUAUCGGUAUGCUGGUAUAUAUAAAUGCUAAAUCUGUGUCUUCAAGGGCACCUAUGCUAGCUUGUUAGAACUAACUAUCUAACUAUCACUGGAUGGCACUACCGAUAAUUAUCACCGUUACAAAAUACGGAAUCACGUCAGAAAUGGCGGGAAAAUAAUUCUGCUUCAAAUAUGUGUAAGUCUGUGCCUUUGUAGGCACCUGUAAAGAAGGGAAAAUAAACUGGCUUUUGCUGAAAUAAUAAUAGUGCAAGGAUUUGCUAGUCUGUGUCUUUAAAGGCACCUAUGAGAAAGAGAGUCUAUCUAUCUCUAUGGAGCAGAACGCCAGAAAGUCUAAUCACCCUGGUCAGACCGCUGCUGAAGAAUUCAAUGCAGGGAGGUUUGUGAGAAUACACGUACUGAUAGUAUGACGGUGGUCACUGUCAGUAGAUGACCUGCGGUAGACCUGUGCAAUUCAUUUCUGGCCGAAUAUGAAUUUGGACGAAUUUCGGGGGAUUUGGACAUUCGGGUACUUCCGAAUUGCCGAAUUACCAAGGUCCCGAAGUUGCCGAAGUUCCGAAGCACAGUAUUGCCUAAGUACUAAUAUACUUACCCAGUGGAAGAAGAAGAAUGUUACACUGUAUACAAGUUUAAAUAAAAAGUAUGCAAACAUAGCCAGGAUUCAGCUGUAAGCAUUUGCAACACUUACAACAAUCAAGUAACACACAUUCAUAUAAAAUGUAAGUUACUUAGCCUGUCAAUGUAAUGACAGGAAUGAAUAGGUAGAUAACUCCCUAAUUCCUACGUUAUUAGGGAGCUAUCUACUAAAAGGCUAAAAGACCUGAAUUGGUCUUUCAGCCAAAUUUACUAAUACUAAGUAAAAAUUACUUAGUAUUAGUAAAUAAUGCCCCUACUCACUAUACCGCGAGUAGGGGCAUGUCUACUGAGCAGUGAGCAGCCUGUCCGGGGUGGCCGGAGCUGCUGCAGCGAAACUGCUGGGGUCUUCCCCCGAUCGUUAUAGCCAUGGAUCGCCGGUCAAGUCCAGGGCUCCUAUUUGCUGCGGACAUACUAGGUACGUCUGCGGUCCUUAACAACCGUUUUUUGUCGGAUGUACCCAGUCAUUAAGGAGAUAUACAUAGAAUUUUAUAUAUAUAUAUAUAUAUAUAUAUAUAUAUAUGAUUUUUAAAAUGAACUUUCGUUUUAUUUUUAAUUACAUUUUUGUAAAAUAUAUAUGUAUAUAUACACACGUGUGUAAUUUUACUCUUAAGUGCAUUUUUAUAUUAAUAUAUGUAGAUUUUUUUAUUUUUUAUAAUUCUUUAUUUAACAUUGAAGACAAAACAAAAAAAAACUCAUUAUACAAUCUUUAACAUGCAUUUAGCAGGAAUAUUAACUAUAAGAUUGCAUUUUAACUCUAAUAUCGCCAUUUUAAGUUAUUCAACAAUGCGAAUUUUUACAUUUAUCAAAAAAAAUAUAUAUAUAUACUCUCCCCCCCUCUGCCUCUCUAUCUAAAUAUGCCCUUCCCGUUUGUAUAAACCUUCCAAGGUUCCCAGACCUUAACAAACAUAUGAUAGGAAUGUCUUACUCUUGAUGAUAAUUCAUCCAUUAUAUAAUUUUCUUGAAUCUUUAAUUCAAGCUCUCUCAUUGAUGGUAAAUCUAGAUUUAUUCAGCCAGCGGCUAUACAUCUGCGUGCGGCCAAUAAAAUUAAAAAUAUUAAUUUCUGCGCGUGGCAGGGUAUACCUGCUAUUGAUUUCGAUAGCAGAAAUAUCCAAGGGUUAAGUUCUAUGUUUCCCUGUAUUAUCGCUCGAAUUAGCUCCCUUAUUUCCUCCCAGUAGCUUUUAAUCUUUGGGCAAUCCCACCACAUAUGUAAAUAUGUCCCUUGUAGGCCACAUCCCCUCCAGCAAAGAUAUGUCAUAUUUUUACCUAUUUUAUACAAAAAGACAGGGGUCACAUGCCACCUAAAUAAUAUCUUAAACAUCUGUUCCUGCGAGAUUACACAUAUCGAUAUUUUAGAUGCUGUUUCCCAAAUAUCUAUCCAAUCCUUAAUUUCCAAAGAACCACCUAAAUCUGCCUCCCAAUGGGAUAUAUACUUUAAUGGAGCCCAAACCGUAGGUUCCUCACUUAGUUGAUUGUAAAAAUCAGAAAUACGACCUCCCUUUAACCUAUCUAUUUUGCAAACUUUUUCAAAAUUGGUGAAGGGGAAUUUGACUGCCGUUUUUACCUCCAUUGAGUACGCGAAGUCUCUAAUCUGCAAAUAACGAAAAAAAUCUCCUGUCCUCAGCUCUAUUCUGCUCGACAGUCUAGAAAAUAGAACUACCUCUCCUUCUGACCAGAGAUCUACAUAUCUGUGGAUUCCUCCUGCUUUUAGACUUUGGAAAUUGUAUUCUUCCAGGCCUGGAAUAAAUUGUCUAUUCCAAAAAACAGGGGUCAUAGGUGAAGGGAAGUUAGUUAGACUAAGUUUAUCCCAAAUGUGGAGGGAGUUCGCUGUAGAGGGGCAUAUUUGUUUUAGCACUGGUCUUGAAACCUUAUUCAACCACAUGUACAACCCUGGUGAGUCUGGUGUCAUUAAGUCUUCUUCCAUAUCCGCCCAUCUGUAUUUCCCUUGGGUUGCAUGCCAACCAAUAAUUUGUGCCAGUUGGGCUGCAUAAUAUUAAAUUAAAUUGGGGAGACCUAGUCCCCCUUUAACUCUCGGUCUAUACAGGAGAGUUCUAGCUACCCUAUGUCGCUUGCCCUGCCAAAUAAAUGUGUCUAUAGCUUUCUGGAUACCCAAUAAGUCCCCUUUGCAGACCUUUAUAGGCAAUGCUUGAAAUAAAAAUAAAAGCCUCGGUAAAAUGUUCAUUUUUAUAGAAUGAAUUCUGCCAAUCCAUGAAAUUGGCUUAUCGUGCCAAUUCUCUAAGUCGUUUUUCAAAGUUUUAGUCAAAGGUACAUAGUUGUCAUUAAAUAAUGUAUUAAAAUUGUAUCCAAUUCUAAUACCCAAGUAGCUUAGCGAUUUAUCGAUACACAUAUCAAAUUUAGCUUUUAGUUGGUCUUGUUCUGCCUCAGAUAAAUGAAAAGACACUCCACAUGAUUUAUUAUAAUUUACCUUAUAACCUGAAAUAGCUCCAAAUUGUUCUAUCAACUUGAACAAUUCAGGGAUAGAUUCAGAAGGGUUUGCUAUAGAGAUUAAAAUAUCAUCGGCAUAAGCCGCUGUUUUAUAAAUCUCCUUACCUAUUUGGAUACCCUGUAUAUUACCGCUUUCCCUGAUAUGAAUCAGAAGAGUUUCUAAUAUAAGGGCAAACAAAAUAGGAGAGAGGGCAUCCUUGAUGUGUGCCAUUGUAUAUUCCAAACGGAGUCUUAUCUGCGCCAGGGAGCUGUAUUGUUGCUUGGGGAUUUGAAUAUAGCGCUCAAAUUAUAGUAAUGCACUUGGCUGUAAAAGCCCCAAUAUUGAAGCAAAUAAGCAAAAUAAGGCCAGGCGACCCUAUCAAAUGCUUUUUCUGCAUCUGACAGGAGUAUUGAUGGUGUCUUCCCUGUUGCCAUGACCCAAGCAACGUUGACUGCUCUACGCGUAUUCUCGUACAGCUGUCUGCCCGGAACAAAACCUACCUGAUCUGGGUGAAUCAGGAUGGGGAGUAGUGGAGAGAGCCUCAGGGCAAGGACUUUAGCUAUUAUCUUUAUAUCGACAUUUAUCAGCGAUAUAGGUCUAUAAUUUCCCACUGAUGCAGGGUCCUUAUCUUUUUUUGGUAAAAGAACAAUUUUAGCCAUUGUAAAAUCAACUGGAAGAACUCCGCUUUGACAGAUUUCGUCUAUGACCGCUUGUAAAUAUGGCAUGAGAAUUUGUUGAAAUAUUUUAUAAUAACUGCUACUAAAGCAGUCUGGCCUUGGUGCUUUACCCCCCUUAAUAGAAGAGCAUGCAGUUUUAAUUUCCUCUAAAGAUAUUUUGGUCCUUCAUCCUUCUAAAGCACUUUUAGGGAUUUGGGGUAAAUUUGUCCUAUUCAAGAAUUCUCUCAAUCUUGCCUCCUGAUCCGUACCUUCUACAUUCUCAUUUUUAAAUUGACUAUACAAUCUAGAAAAGUAUUCCCGAAACACUCCAUAAACAUCCUCUGGUGAUGAUACUAAUGAUCCUGAAGCGUUUCUGGUAGCUGAGAUAGGAUUAAAGUGUGUUCGUGGUUUUAAGCAUCUGGCCAAAGGUGCAUCUAUUUUAUUAGCUUUCUCAUAAAAAUAUCUGCGUGUUGUUUUUAGCUGCCAUACUGCUUCAUCUAACAAAAGAUUUUUAAUCUUUAAUCUACACGUUUUUAGAUCAUGUAGAGUUUGUUCAGUGGGGACUGUUUUAUGUUUUUGUUCCAGCGUACGUAAACCUUUCUGUAACUCAAAUAAUGAUUGUGAUUUAAUCUUUUUCUUAUACAAGGCUAUUUUAAUCAAUUCUCCCCUAAUUACAGUUUUAUGUGCUGCCCAUAAAGUGGUUUUACUAAUUUCAGAUGCAUUAUUUUCAGAAAAAUAAUUUAACAAUACCUUUGUAAUAUCUGUUCUCACUAGGGAAUCCUCCAAAAGAGAAGUAUUUAGUUGCCAAGAAAAAUUGGGUUUAGCUGAUAAUCCUUUUAUAUGUACAGUGAUAUCUGCAUGAUCUGACCACGUGAUAUUUUAUAAUUUGUGAGCUAUAUAAAUAGGGAGAAAGUGUUAAAUUGGUCAAAAACGUAUCUAUUCUAGAAUACGUAUCAUGUGGAUGCGAAUAGAAGGUAUAAUCGAGUAUGUCUGGAUGUUGAGCCCUCCAUAUAUCAAUAAGUUUAUGAGCUGUCACGAACUGAAAGAACUGUUUGUCCUGUCCUCCCCUUCCCUGGGAUCGCAAUGUUCCCAGCUUAUGACUCCUAUCUAUUGCUGGACAAGAAACCGCGUUGCAGUCCCCACCUAUCAAGAAACAAUCAGACGCUAUAGAAUUAAUAAUUUGGCCUAUCGUAUCACAAACUCUAUUAUCUUGGACAUUUGGGGCGUAUAUAUUCAUUAAGUGAAGCUUACGAGUGCCCAUCAUUCCAGACACUAAGAUAUAUCUUCCUUCUUUAUCCUGAAUGGAAUUUAAGACUUUAAACUGGCAUCAUUUAUUGAACAAAAUAGCUACUACAUUAUGUUUUUGAAUAGCAUUUGAACAAUACGCUCUAUCAUACCAUUUAUCUGUCAAGGAUAAUACAUGAGAUCUGUUAAGAUGAGUUUCUUGCAAAAAAGCUAUAUCCGCCUGCUUUCUCUUUAAUUCCUUAAACAUUAUCUUCCUUUUAGCAGGUGAGUUAAGGCCUUUUACAUUUAAGGAAAUUAUCUUCUCAUCCAUCAUAAUUCAACCAAUAUACAAGCAGAUGUUUUGACCCAAUAAAUUAAACGGACCAUAUAGGGAUAUUGUAUACCAAGACAAGAGAGUGAGGGAAAAAAUAUAUAUAUAUAUAUGCAUAUAUACACAAUGGAUGCCUCCUAGACUUACCAAAUGCCAGGAGUUAAUUAGGGGACACAGUUCUCCCAGGUCUAAUUCGGCCUUGGGAUAAACUGCAACUGCUCCCAUCAUCCUGAAGCCUAGUUUUUAAACUAAUACUAGCAACCUGAUUUUCCUUAACAUAACAUGGGUCCUCUUACACUUCCCUAAACAUCUCAUUAACACGUAUAGGCCAUCCUCAGACCCUAUACAAAACCGUACAACCCAAUAUUAUCCUAUUAUGCAACAUUUUCCUACUGAAUUGUUAGAGAUAUUAAUUUUUAUUUUUAUCGUAUGCAUCAUUUAUAAAAUACAUACUCCUAUAGAACAUGCUUAUUUCUUCUCGGAUAUGCCUUACUAUACUAAUCCACGUGUACUAAUAUGCUAUAGCUUAAUCCCUUCACUUCCUUAUUCACCCCUUCACAAUCACCAUGAAUAUCACAAUAUAUCCCGCUUCCCACCAAAAAAAGAAAAAAUAGAAAAAAAACAAAAUCAGUCAGUCCUCUUCCUUCCUUCCCCUUUUACAAAAAGGAUUAGCCUAGAGAAAUGAGAACUUAUGUCCUUUUAAGUUUGAUUCUCUCUCGCAUCAAACCAUUCUCUGGGUAAAGUGGGUAAUGGGGUCUUUUGUUGAAAUAACUGUGUUACUCCCUCUGGUGUAUCUAGGCCUAUUGUAUUCCCAAAACGGGGGUAUUGUCUGAAAAAAUCUACUUGGAUCCCCCGUUGGUAAUAAAGCUCUGGUUUGUUCAUUAUGAAAAGUGAGAAGUUUAAAGGGAUGGCCCCAGGCGAAGGGAAUUUGAUUAAGUCUCAGAUGAUCUGCAAUCGGCUUCCAUUGCCUUCUUUUUAAAAGAGUGGAUGGUGAAAGAUCUUGAAAAAUCUGAAGCACCUUUUCAGAUUUUAUAAAAAAAUACACUUAAUAUAACGUUAUAUAUAAGAUAUAUGUGUGUGUAAUAUAUAUAUAUAUAUAUAUAUAUAUAUAUAAUUUAUUAACUUUAUUUAGAUUUUUUUCACUUUUUAUUUUUACUUUUUUCACCAGCAGGGGGACUGCUUGUCAGUUCAGUGGACACCUAUUGCAGCCAUGUGACUGCUCUUUUAGAGCGAUCACAUGGCCCCUGGGGGUCCUAAAUUGCAGAGGAGGGGUCCUAAAUUGCCCAGACAGCCCCCCCCCAGUAGAAGACCGAUUGCUGGCGAUUGGUAAGUACAUGGGGAGGAGGGGAGGGUAGGGGGUUAAUUUUGUAAUUUUAUUUAUUUUUUUAGAACCAUGUACGGACCCUUCAAGGCACUCUGGACAGGCAAAGCGUCGGAAGCCUGCGUAAUCGCUCCGGGGGGAGCGAUCACUCUGGUGCCCAGCAGGGAGGGGGGUAUUCCAUGAUGCCUCGAUAUCGAGCCAUCAUGUAAUACCCUAAGAGCGGGUUAGUGUGCUCAUUUGGGCCGUGGACGUACAGGGUAAGUCAUCGGUCGUUAACUGUAGUUUUUUUUUUAUAACGUACCAUGUACGUCCGCGGUUACUAAGGGGUUAAAAGUGUUUUUUAUUUCCUGCUCUGUAAAUUGAACUUUAAUGACACACAGGAGGCUCCUGCAGGCUAUUGACAAAGCAGGAGAUAAAUUAAUUAAUCUGUACAAUAAAGGAAGAUUAAACCUUAGUAAGUCACAUGCAAGGAGGUGUGGCUAAGGCUGCAUAAACAAAGGGAUUUACCUCACAAAUGGUUGAGAAUUUAGCAGUGACACUGCAAUGUCAUGAUCUACACACCAAAACUGCUUCAUUAAGCUAAAGUUAUUAUGUUAAUAGUUAUGGUGCUUGGAGUAACCCUUUAAAGCCCAAACCCUCACUCACAUUUGGACAGGAUUGUUAUUGCAAGACUUGCUUAUUGGCCAGUGCAAUGCAAAAAAAAGCGCCAUUCACAAGAUGCUGAAAACUGAAUUGUCAUAAUAUGCCUCAGAACAGUGUCUGUGGCGAUUUUUAUCAAUUGAUUUGAUGUAUUUGUAACAAAGAAUGAGAAGUUGUAUGUUUUUAAAUGUUUGUGUUCUUUUUAUUUGUCUUUAGGCUACUAUUCACACCGUGAAACCUUAUUUGGCUCCUGGUAUGUUCAAGAUCUGUGUGAAAUCCUUAAAACGUAUGGAACAACAUUGGAACUGACCGAGCUUCUAACUUUGGUGAAUCGGAAGGUGUCUCUGCGCUCUGUGGAAAAUUGCCUUGACCGUAACGCAAUUGGAAAAAAACAAGUGCCCUGCUUUGCAUCCAUGUUAACCAAAAAGCUCUAUUUUAAGCCAAAGCAGAAUUGA